CCUCCCACUCCCUGUGUGAGCGUGUUGGGAGGAGCUGAGUGGAUACAAUGUAUGUGUUCCUCCGCUGUCACUGCUGUGGGGAGUACCUGGCUCUGCCGAUCAGCUGCAGCCCUCACUCAGGCUAGGAGGAGGAGGAGGAGAGCAGCAGAGGUGACAGUCCAAGGACAAGGCAGGCUGCAACAUAUCACUGCUGGGGCUAAAACCAGGCAUCAUACCCCCUCUGCAUCCUAUAGGAAAUAAUUAAUUGCCCCUAGAGCUAAAUAUUUAUUAAUUGCUGCAAAAUGCCCCUGGCUCGCAGCUUCUCAGUCACCUCCCUCACUGGCCUGGAGGACUGGGAUGAUGACCUGAACCUAGAGAACUCCAUGCUCUUUGAGGUGGCCUGGGAAGUGGCUAAUAAAGGUGAGUGGGGGACUACCAUCUCAAUGAGCUGCCCUUGGGUUAUGGUGUGUGGGUUAGGCCAGCCCUGGCCUGGGGGGAGGGGGGGUGGCGGGGGGUAAUGUAUUGGCAGCAUCAGGUUUUGAUUUAUUUCUAACACCAACUGGUGGGGGAUGCAGAACACAUCUCUCACCUGUUGUAAUGGUAAAGAAAAUGGAAAUAUUUAUAUUGCAUUGUUUCUUAAAGGGUUACUCCAAGCACCAUGACCACUUCUGCUUUUAGAGUAAUCAUGGCAGCAGGAACCUGCUGCUGGCUACAGAUGUAAUUAGUUUCUCUCCUUCCGUACAGUAACUUGCCUUCUCUGGGCAUUGAUGUAGAGUUUUCCUUUUUUUUUUUUUUUAUUUGCUCUCCCCCCCACCUCCCACUACCUAUCUCUAAGGGCAUGCAUGUGUUCUGACUUGGUAGAAUGGUACAAUCAAAUGCUUCUCUAUGAGAAGCAUUUCGUUGGACCCGUGCAGGCAGCUGUGUUGUCGCCAGAGGUGUGGGGAGCCUUGCCCAGUGCUGGAUUUCAUUUAAGUUUAUACUUUUAAUUGCAUAAUAAGGGGAAAGGACCUAGUUAAUAAUGCAUCGUAAACUUAAAAAUGUAUUUUAUAUAAAGGGUCAAAGUAACCCUUUAAUGAUGGUUCAACAGUACAAAUUGAUUUCAUUCAAUCACAAACAUAGAAUGGCCCAGAGCAUAAGGUAUGUUACAUUCCACUUAUCAAAAAAGAAAUCCAUAAGUACAAACACACUGGUAGACAUGAACAUUUGAUGGGGAAAAAAAAUUAGUGGUGUAGAACCAAUCUUACCUGUAGGGGCCCUCUUAGAUAUAAGGUAUCCUCAUUGCAUAUAGACAAAAGCUCCACUGAUGUCACAGAAGUGUUACCUGUAUAUAUGCAUCUUGUAUAUUAUUUGUACAAUUCACCUUGCUGUAGUGUAACUGAACACUUGUUUGUAUCCUCCUUGGUUUGUGCAGCAACUUAGAAACAGCACUGUACAUAGUAUCUGUGUACCUUGCCAUUUGCAAAUGUCAGUUGUGUAGUUUAAUAUAAUUCUCUCAUUUAGCACAGCGAUAAAACUUGUGUAACAACAAACCUGACAUUUUUCCAUACCAAAUAAUCAUGUUCUGAUACAAAAUAAUGUCAACAUAGUUUAUUGUACUGUAAUCCUUAGACAGGAUGUGAACACAUACAUUCAAACGUUUCAGUAUUCUGUUGACAUUCUAAAUCUCAUGGAAGCCUGACUAAAGAAAACUGUCCAUUCUGUCUGCCUUCUUCUUAGGUGAAUUUCAUAGUGUUAAUACAUAGAAUACCAACAGUUUGAAUUGUUGCUUCUCUUUGGAUUAGAGCCAGUUGUUGAGUAAGUAAUGCACAUGCAGACUGGGCCUGAUCACCAAUGCUGCACCUUUACCUGGCAGGACUAGGUUGUAGGGUUUAUUGUGUUGUGUUACUGCUUGUAGUAAAUCAAUAGACAUGUUCUUGCAUUAGCCAACACACUUUAAGCACGUGCACACACAUUUCAUACAGGUAAAAUCAUGGACACUGCAGAUGCUUCACACCACGCUGUUUCGAUAUCAAUGUCCAAAUCCUGUGCUGUUACUCUUUAAAGUCGUGGUUAUAUACAGUAAAAUGCAUUACUGAUCUGUAUUUUAUCAGUACCGCAAGUAAUAUGGUUUAAAUGAUACAAUAAAUGAUCCAGAUUAUUAAAGGAGGCAUCCUUUACAUUCAUUAUGCUGGCAAUGAUGGACAAAAAACUGAUUCAGAAAAGAUAGUGGAUACUCAUUUGCCGAGAGUCCAUUCAGAAACGCAUGGAUUUGGUGCUUUGCGUCUAAUAGGACUAGUCACUAAACUCCAAAAGUUGUGGCUAUGGCUGAGUUGGGGAAUUUCUCCAGAUUAGCUUUUUUUUUUUUUGCCUUUUGGUUAUUCAUUCGGUUUUAAUUAAAGAACAAAUUAAGCAUUUAGUCAUAAAAGUGUAGUGAAUAAAUCUGUGUCAUUUGCAUUCAAUGUUCUUCUCAAACAAAUAGCAUAUCUGAACAUCAUUUAAAUGACACAAUUACUUUUAUAUAUAAACCCUAAAUUGUAUAGCCUUAUAGGGAGCCUGUAGUCCAAAAAUAACAAUCUGUUUUUCAAGACUGUAAUUCCUUACUGUCAACCCCUUUUGCUGAUGAUAGAGAUGCAGUGGAUUGCAAUUAAGCAUGUGCAGCCAAUUGCUGCACUACUCCAGCAUUUUCUUACCACGUUUCCAGCACCAGGACUCCUCCGCAACAUUCGCCUUCGAAGACAUCAGCAUGCCUGCUGAUGUCUUCUGUGAUCUCCUCCAAUACAAUGCCAUACCCAUGCGUGCCCAAAUGCAGCAUUUCUCCAGUCAAAUGCUGCUGGAAGUGCCUCUAGUGGCUGCCACAAGAGGUGCAUUGUACCCUGCCAUGUAAAAUGUCUUACAUGCUGGAUUAAAACGAAAGGACUACAGCACCCUUCAUUGAGCUAGUGAUCUGGGUGAUUUUAGUGUCCUUUAAGGCAGUUAUCAAUUUAUUACAUUUUAUUAUUUUGUUUAAAAACUACUUACCCAAGAUACUUACAUUGAGAUUUCCCUCGUCAUGUAUGAUUACUAAGAUCAUAUACCUGUAUGUCAUUUAUUGGUCCAAAAUUUAACUUGGAACACUUACAAUUAAGCAUUAAUGGCCAUUGCAGCUACAUUUUGUUUGCAGAUGUUUUCUGGACCCUUAACUGGUGGCAAAUGUUCCGAAUGUUGUAUUACUUUUUGUUGAGGUCGACAGGCGACUGCUUCUUGACUCACUUCAUUUUUUAAAUUUGGGAUGUUAGUGGUGUAUAUAGAAUAAUGGAAAGCUGAAGAGAGCAUUCUGAAAUGUAAAUUUGGUUAUGAAAUAGACAAAAAGUGAAAGGAACAUCAUUGAUAUCAAAAUGAUAGAUGGUUAGCAUAAUAGUGAUUUUUUUUUCUUUUUUUUUUUUUUCAAACACGCACUAGAAUUAAUUAUAUACUUGUAUUGUUAUACGAUGUUACUAUGUAAUUUACCUUAUAUUGUGAUUUAUGCUGCUAUUUCAUUGGUGUUUUGCGUGUAUCCUAAGCAGCUCUCCUGCUUUAUCAUCUUCCGAUGAAUGUAUUAUCUAGUGCAUGGGCCGUCAACCUGGUCCCUACCGCCCACUAGUGAGCGUUUCGGGAUUCCAGGUGGGCGGUAGGGCCUUCAGAGGUUAAAACCUCCUUUUGAGCGAGCGGGUGGGCACGAGCGCACACAUCAAUCAACCAACGUGCGCGAGAAUGUAUGCGGUUGGGAUUUCGGAGGCUAAAACCUCCUUUUCUGCAAGUGGGCGGGCGCGGGUGGGCACGAGCGCACACAUCAACCAACGUGCGUGAGAAUGCGUGUGGUAGGGAUUUCGGAGGUUAAAACCUCCUUUUGUGCGAGUGGACGGGCGGGCGCGAGCGCACACAUCAAUGAACGCAUGCACGCAAACACGUGGGAAGAGGAUGGGGAGGAGGGGAAACUGAUAGCAGGGACAGGCAGAAACGGAGCAGAGCAGUUGCAAAAUAGGAGAAAGAAAAGUUAUAGGCAGUGGAAAGAGAGAAUUGUUGUUGGCUGAUAAUAAGUGGGCUAACUAGUUCAGCUUUACUUUUGUACCUAAAGAAGGUAAAAGAAAGGAAAUAAAAAGGAAAAGAUAAAAAAAAUAAAAAUUAACAAAAAAAGAAAGAAAAAUAGAGGGAUAAAGGGGAUAAAAUAAAGGAGGAGAGUAAGCAGUGUUUAGUCUGGCUCAUAAAUUAAGUUUUGUUAUCUUAUAAAAUAAAAGAAAAAGAAGUAAAAGAAGGAGAAAUUUUUUUUUUUAAAAAGGGAAAAGAGAUCCUUGAUAUACUAUAAGGAAGGUAAAGAAAAAGAAGGCAGGAAAUGGGAAUGUGGAUAGAAUAACUGCAGUUUAUCGUAUAUCACACUUAAUUGCAAAAAGUGGUAAAAGAGAUAAUAUUGGAGAAACUUUGAUAAUACCCUCUAUCAAAGAAUUUAUCUCAACCGUAAUGCAUCAGGAUAUACCUGAAGUUUUAAAAACAUUGCCCCUUAGUGAUAACACAUUAAAGAGACGCAUUGACGAAAUGGCGGCUAACGUUGAAAAUAAACUUAUAGGUAUUCCUCAUUUUCCAUACAAUUGGAUGAGUCUGUCAUUGCAGAUAAUAAUGCUCUACUAAUGACAUAUGUACGGUAACUUAAUGAAAACAAUACAUUGUAAAAAGAAAUGCUAUUCACUGUCAAUCUGAUUACAGAUACAAGAGGAUUAUCAAUAUUUAAUGCUGUGAAAUCAUACUUUGCAAAAAAUAAUAUACCCUUGAACAAUAUUGUUGCAUGUGCUACUGAUGGAGAACCAUCAAUGGUAGGCCACUAUCGUGGGUUUGUUGCUUACUUGAAGGAAGAAGUGCCAAACGUUUUGCGUAUUCAUUGCGUUGUGCACAGACAACAUAUUGUAGGAAAACAUUUAAGUACAAGUCUCCAUUCAUCAUUAAGUAUAAUAAUUAAAGCUGUAAAUAAGAUAAAAUCUAAUGCCAAGUGUGAUAGAAUGUGCCAGGACAAUAACGAGCAGUUUAUUAGGUUACUUUUACAUACAGAAGUUCGAUGGCUCUCAAAGGGUACAUGCUUGUCUCGUUUUGUUGCAUUAUUUGAUAGUCGUACAGUUUUUUGAAAGUGAUAAUGAGGCUGGUCUCUGUGAACAGUUAAACGUAAAAAAUGAUGCCUUUUAUUUGGCAGACAUUUUCAAGAGAUUUAAUGAAAUUAAUUUGCAGCUUCAAGGAGCCAAUAUAACUCUUAUAAGUUGCAAAAAUAUUGUCAUUAUUUAUCGAAAAGCUUGAUCUUCUCCGUCAUAUUUACAAGAGAAAAUUGCAUCAGUUUCCUGAACUGUCCUUUAUAAACAAUGAUGUAACUCUGGGGGAUAUUGAAAGGUUCAGUAGCCACCUCAAGGAACUCAAAUUGGAUAUGGAAAAACGAUUUCAAGAUAUUUUGAAUUUAAAGGUGAAUGACUGGAUGAUAAAUCCUUUUACAGCAAAUGUUGCUGAGGUUGAUAUAACUUGCCAAGAAGAACUAUUAGAUCUUAAAUAUGAUGAAGAGAGUAAAUGUAAUGUUGGCAGUGGUGGAUACCAAAAACUCUGGCCAAAAAAAAAUAAAAAUAAAAAUGCCUUCCAAAUAUGUGGAAAAUGAUGUUCAACUUAUUGAUACCUUUCCCUACCACAUAUCUUGUAGAGCUAAUUUCAAUUUACUUUAUUGUUUUCUGAUUAAGCUUUAUAAAGUUAAAAACAUUAUAAACAUGCAUAAAGUAGAAAUAAAAAGAUAAAUGUACGUACAUUUCUUUUUUUUUUUUUUUAAACACCCUCCUUUCUUAACCAAUAUUCCGCACUUGCGCAAAAACUGGUGGGCGGUAAGGAAAUUUUUCCAUCAAGAAAGAUGCAUUAGUGGGCGGUAGGUAGAAAAAGGUUGACUACCACUGAUCUAGUGAUUGAAUAUAAUAAUUGAUAAUUUGGGGGGAAAAAAAGAUAAUGGUGUAGUCUCACCAGUUAUUGUUCACAAGGACUCAAAAUAGCUUAGGCGUUAGGUUUACGAUUUUAACGGAACCAAGCACCAUAACCACUAGAGUGCUCUGUAGUGCAAGUAGUCAAAUCAUUUUAGAAAAGUUGGACUUCUCACCUGGGGUCUCUGCCUUCGCCUCCGCCUGCUUAGGCGCUUCAAUUGGCUCUCCUGAGCUAAGACUGGUGCAGAACUUAGUUAAUUGGCGGAGUUGCUCAACCAAUGACAAACUUGUCCUAUGUGUGUUUAUAUGUAUUUUGUGGACCCAGGACAUACUUGAAAACGAUAGAAAUCUCAAUGUAUCUUUCCUGGUAAAAUAUUUUAUAAAUAAAAAAAAAUAUGUAUCUAUAUAUCAGAACUUGACAAAUUUACUUGGUAUCUAGGAGACGGCUAAAAAGUUAGUAGCCAGGUUUUUAAGCAAAUACAAUUCUUAAAGCUGUAGUGGUUCUGGUGAGUAUAGUGGCUGUAGUGGUUCUGGUGACAGCUUAAUGUAGUUGUUCUGAGGUCUAUAUCCUGCCCCUGCAUGCUUUUCAACGUAAACAUUGCAUUUUCAGAUAAGGCAGUGUUUACGUUGCUGCCUAGUAACACCUCUAGCGACAGUCACUCAGACGGCCUCUAGAGGUGCAUCCUGACUCAGUGCUGCACAGUGUGCAGCACCUAUGUUAAUGUUCUCCAUAGUGAUGCAUUGAUUCAAUGCAUCUCUAUGAGGAGAAAUUGAUUGGCACAGCGUGGCGUUUUGCAGCGCAUGCGCAAUAGUCUCCCAAUGCUUUCCUAUGGGGAAUCUUGGAUUGGCUGUGAUCAUGAAGAUUGAUGAUCUCUGCCAUUAAGGUGGGGCCAGCUGCAACGUCACCAGCAUGGCGAAAGAGAAAAAAUUUGAGUAAAAACACCUUUCUCGUAAAUGUAUAAAAAAACCUUCCCCAUGUGAUUGGAGGGGGGUUAGGUCACUAAACAUACACAUACUGAUUUGAUACAGACAGACACACACUGAUAUUGCAACACUCUCAAAUUGUGUUUUGUUUUGUGUCCACACAGCCUUCCUACCUUUGGGAGAGCUGGAGUGAAUCUGUUUCCCUGGGGUCCAGUGGGGCUGCUUUCAUCUCCCUACUCUGUUCCCUCUCUCACCGUUUUAAGUGAUGCGGGGCUGGAGUUACGCCAUAUUCCAACUCCCGACAUAACAGGAGGGGACGUGAGGCAGCAGAACAAAAAUAUUACAGCUUCCUCACUCCCUACACUCUGUCAGCUGUCCUUCAGCUCUCCAUGAGCCCGGCCGCCAGUCAGUUCGUGGGGCUGAACGGGCUCACAAAUGUAUCUAUUUUUGCUUGCAAGCAGUAUAUUUCCAGUGUUUGUAACGUCAAUAAUUCACAUCGACCAUCUAUGUGUGUGUAUUCCGUUCAGAUGCCUCAAAAGCCAGUUAAUGGUAAAUUCCUGUGUUGCUUCGAGGCACAUGACCCAUUUAUCAAGCUUCAUUGUCGAUCAGCCUCAGUUAUUGAUGAAACAAAACUCAAUUAGAAGACGAUUGUCUUGUUCUACAAUGUGAUUUCUGGCCAAGAGACCAAGACAAUCUGAAAAUGAAGAAAUUAAGUAGCCUGUGGGUGUGGAAUAACGUACUUUAUUAAUGGUGUAAUUUGUUAUACCCGGUAAAUUGUAAUAAAUGUUGUCUUGCCAUCUCUAUUAGAUUGGUCAUUUCCAAACGGGAGUGUGUCAAAAGCUUUAUCAUUUUAACAACUGUAAAACCAGUUAAUUCACAGUCAAUAACAGGCUGCAAUAAGCAGAAUCAUACUGGUAAUUUGCAGGUUUAAAUAAUACUCAUUUUUAUUUGUCUUCAGAACACAUUUUAUCUUGGUUCUGCCCAAAUAUCUCUUGCUGGGUUUUUAUUAAAUGUUUAAUAUAAAUUAUAAGGAAAAUCUGGACUACUAAUUGUAGAGAAUCUCAAUGAAAUUGUUUUGAGGACUGGAGUCCCUGAGUUCUGUCUUGCCUUAAAUGGUUUAACACCUAGGCUGGACCCCAGGUACCCUUCCGCAAAUGCCUUCUGCUUCCUCUGGCUGGUGUAAGAAAGCAGUAGGGGUAACCAUGGGAGCUAGUGAUGCUCUCAGACUGUCACUGGCCGCCCAUUAUUAGUAUGCAUGCAGGAUUGGGGAAGGAAGGUGUUGGAUUAGGACUGCACUGCAGUUUGUGGGUUUUUUUUUUUUUUGUUCCUGUAAGUACUUGUUACUGAGGGGCAGUUUUGACCAACACUCUCAAACCAGCUUGGUCCAGAUUGUUAAAAGUGACAUAAUUGUUAAGGGGAUACUCUAGGCAUUCUAACCAUAUCAUCUCAUUGAAGUGAUUAUGGUUCCUGGAGUCUUUUGAUGCCACCUCUGAGUUCAGUGUUAAACCAUUUUAGAACAGUUUAGAAACACUGCAGAAAUGAUUGGAAAUGACCGCACUCCAAGGACUUGUUGAUAGCAAAAAUAAAAUAUAACUUUUAUUCUAUAUCAUAUAAAAAAAUAUCGACGUGUCAGCACCAAUACUGAUGAAAGACCAUGUAUUGGGGCUGAAACAUCAAUAUUUUUUUUUAUAUGAUAUAGAAUAAAAGUUUUAUUUUUACUAUCAACAAGUCCUUGGAGUACGGUCAUUUCCAAUCAUAUAUAUUUUUUUAUUUUAUUUUUUUUGUAUCUUGUGCCUGACCAGCACCAGGCAAUUACUCUCUAAUCCAGGAGUGCAAGCAUCUCAGUAUAUAUAUCUCUAUCUCUAUCUCUAUCUCUAUCUCUUAUAGUUCCGUGUCCUCUGGCACUAUCCCUCCAUUCAGUGUGAAACCAUUUUCAAGCAGUUUAGGGUCAAGCAAAUAUGGGUCCCUUGCUACUCACAGCCUGGCCCUUACUGGUAUUACAGGUAAGGCUGUGAGUACACAUCUGCUGAUAUCUAUACUGCUAGGAGCUUUCAUUAAGUAAUAAAACAUUAAAGGAUCACUAUAGUGUCAGGAAAACAAACUCAUUUUCCUGACACUAUACAACCCUUAGGUCCCGCCACCCUCGGGGCCCCCCUCAAAAACCUCUUCAGCCACUUACCUUAAUCCAGCCCGGCGCUGGUGACCUCUCCUCCCACUCCGACGUUGAUUACCGAGUGGAGCGGAAUGCGCAUGCGUGGCAAUGCUUUCCUAUGGACGUUCUGAACGCUGGAUGCGCAGAAGCUCCUCUAGCGGCUGUCAGGAAGACAGCCACUAGAGGCUGGAUUAACCCUGCAAUGUAAACAUAGCAGUUUUCCUGAAACUGCUAUGUUAACAUCUGAAGGGUUAAAACCUGGGGGACCUAGCACCCAGACCACUUCAUUGAGCUGAAGUGGUCUGGGUGACUAUAGUGUCAGUUUAAAAACUGUUUAACGCUGAAUGGAAAUAUUUUGCUAGGGAACUGCAGACACUUGAAUCACUUCAGCGAUGAAGCCGUUACAAUAUUCCUUUAACACUGAAUGAGGGUUCCCAGUCAAUCUGGGCCUUCUCUGCUGCUCAGGUUAACGCUUCCACAAUGGCACAAGCAGCAAUAGGUUGAGAGUGUCAGCUGAGCUUUCAGCAUAUCACUGCCACUUAUUGCUUCUAUGAGUUAGUAUGGCAGAUGCAGAGUUUAACUAUACUUCCAGUAGAGGAUAAAGCUGUGUGUGGCUGGGGACUAUUAAGAAAUGGUUUAACACUAAACUGUCGGAUGGCACCAAGGGACACAAUAUGAUGAAGUGGGUAUGGUACCUGGAGAGAUCAUUUUUAAUUCUGGAAUAUGAAUGCAGACAAAGAAGGGGUUGUUCCUUGGCGCCAGGUAGAACCUUUCUUAAUAUUUUAACAUCAAACCAGGGAAUGAGGCACUCUAUAAGAACUACAGAUCUGAUGAUUAUGUUGCUUGGAGCAGGUUUUGCAUGUGUUUGUCGUUGUUAAACCUAUGCUGGUUUCUUCAUGUAUCGGGUUUUUUUUUUUGUUUUGUUUUGUUUUAUUAUGUAUAACAAGUUCUCCAUUACUAUUUAUCCUAAAACUUCUCUAACAAAGCAACUUAAAUAUAUAUUAGUUUUUGAUUUGCUUCAAUUCGAUGUUUAGUGAAAAUACCAUUUUGACAUCCCGAUUAUUCAGAAGAACAUAGCUCAUACCUCCAAAUAUCCAACAGAGAAGACAUCAAACACCUUUUCAUGGUUCCCACCAUGAUCACAAGUCUGUCCAAUGAAUCUUCUGAUUCCAAGCAGUUUCCAUAUCUUCAUUCUCGAUAAUACAAACUACUCACUAAAAAUUAAACUUUUAUGUUGGCACUUUUUAAAAUAAUAAUAUAAGGCGCACGGUCAACAGUCCCUUCUGUUCCCAUGUGUCUUCAUGCAUGCUUUAUUUAGUAUUUCAUUUAAUGUUUCACCCUGACAUAGAAUUUGCUAUUAUCAGUUUAGACUAUGCACUAAUUAUCCAGUUGGCAUAUCAAUAGAAAAAAUAAUCUGAAUUUUUUUUUUUUUUUUUUACCUGUGAGUAAUAAAUGAAUCUUGGCAGUUUCAUUAUUCCUUGUAAAGGACCAGGUCUGAUUAUCAGGCAUAGGCACCCUUCGGCACUCCAGAUGUUUUGAACUACACCUCCCAUGGUACGUUGUUGGCAUUAUGGGUGUAAGAGCAUUAUGGAGGAUGUAGUCCACAAGGUUGCCGAAGGUUGCCUACCCCAGGACCAGGAUAUUCUGCAGUUCUCUGUAACCAGUAAACAAAACAUCGAGGUAGUGAGCGCCUAACUUAAGUGAGAUUGUAAUUGGGACAUUUCAUAAGAAAAUAUCCCAAUGUCCAAGUGAUUGCAAAAUUCAAAGGAAUGUUGAUAUGCCAAAACCUGCAAACAGUGAACUGGCAGUCAAAGUAAGAAUUCCUUAUACUUUACACUGGAUGGGGCAUUUUGGUUUAAAAAAAAAUAAAAAAAAUAAAGCCUUUUGUAAGCGAUAUACAGAGAUUAAUGAUUAAAACUUCAUCCGACGAGCGAUAUAAUAGAGAAAGUCAAACAAUAAAUAUGUAAAAUGAUAUGUAUAGUUUGUGAACAAACCUCUUGCUUAGAUGCUGAGUAUGAGUUGGUGUUUUUGUUUGUGAAUAGAGAAGCGCUAGCGUCUCAGCACUGUACCGUGUGGUUUUUCAUCAAAGUGUGGAAGAGGAGGAAAUGACCAAGGAGCAGAUUGUUAAAUCUAGGGCCACAAUGUGUCAUUUAGAGGGAUGCUAUAGUCACCAGACAACUACAGCUUAAUGUAGUUGUUCUGGUAGGUAUAGUCCGUCCAUGCAGGCAUUUUCACGUAAACAUUGCCUUUUUAGAGAAAAAGCAGUGUUUACAUUACAACCUAGGGACACCUCCAGUGGCUGCUCAUCAGAUGGCUACUAGGGGUGCUUCCGGUCUCCAUGCUCUGCACAGAAACACUGAAAUUGAGGCAAUGCAUCUAUGAGGAGAUGCUGUUUGACCAGGGCUGCGUUUGGCUCCUCCCUGCCUCCUUAUGUAUGGGAAAGCGUUGGUCCAGGAGAAUGAGUAAAGACUAGAGUCCUUUUAAUUUUAGUUACGUCAGUGUAUUAUUAUUUUUAUUCUUAUUAUUCUUAUUCAUCUAUGUAGCUCCAACAUAUUCAGCAGCGCUCUUUAAUCCUAGAAUGGGGGUAACUAACCACCAGUAGUUGACAUACAAAAAUUAGGAGACGGGGAAAGUAGGUCAUGUUUGAAAAAGCUGACAUCUAUGAAAUUAUAUUUCAGACAUUUUUUGUGAAUACAGGCAAAAUAUAGAUUAAAUCGGGUAAAUUAGGCAAUUUAAGGAUUAUUAUUAUUAUUAUUAUUAUUGGUAUUUAUAUAGCGCCAGCAUAUUCCGUAGUGUUUUACAAAAUUAUAAAAGGGGGAGAUUGAACAAUAAAUGAGACCAUUACAAAAACUUACAGGAACAAUAGGCUGAAGAGGGCCCUGCUCAAACGAGCUUACAGUCUAUAGGAGGUGGGGCGUACAACACAACGGGACAGGAGGUAGCAAUUAAACAAGGUGCAGUGAAGCAGAGCUGGAGGAGAGAAUAGAGUGCUGCCCUUUAGGAGAGAGCAAGGGACAGGUACGUGAUGUAGAGGUUACUCUGGGAGGCCAUAAGCUUUGGCACUUCUUAAAUGAUUGAAGACUAGGGGAGAGCUUGAUGGUCAUAGGCAGGCUAUUCCAAAGGAAAGGAGCCACCCGUGAGAAGUCCUGCAAGCGUGAGUUGGCCGUACGGGUGCAGGCAGCGGACAGGAGAAGGCAGAGCGGAGAGACCAAGAAGGGGCAUACCUGCAGAUCAGUGAAGAGAUAUAGGAGGGGCUAAUAUUGGUCAGUGCUUUUUAGGUGUGGAUUAGUACCUUGAAUUGACUCCUUAGAAUACAGGAAGCCAUUGUAAGGACUGACACAGGGGAGAGGUGUGAGAGGAGCGAUAGGAGAGGAAAAUCAGUCUAGCUGCAGCAUUCAUUACAGAUUGUAGCGCAACAAUUGUGGGAAGACCUAUUCGGAUAGAGCUACAAUAAUCCAUGUGAGAGAUUACUAGAGCAUGGACAAGCUUCUUGGUAGCAUCUUGCGUAAGAAAGGGGCGGAUGUGGGCUAUGUUUUAUACUUGGAAUCUACAGGAUUUGGUAACAGACUGGAUGUGAGGCUCAAAUGUGAGGCCAGAAUAAAGUAUAACGCCAAGACAGCAGGCUUGCAAGGAUCGACUGAUGUGGGUACCACUUGAAUGGAAAGCGAAGGAGGAGGAUCAGUAUUGGGAAGAGAAAAGACAAGGAGUUCAGUUUUAGAGAGGCUGAGUUUCAAAAAUCGGGAGGACAUCCAGUCAGAGAUGGAAGAAAGGCAAGCAGUGACAUGUUGCAGGACAGCACGGGAGAGAUCCGGGGAGGAGAGGUAUUUCUGAGUGUCAUCAGCGUACAGGUGGUAUUGGAAUCCAAAUAAAAUAAGUUUGCCAAGUGAGGCAGUAUAAAGCGAAAAUAGAAGGGGAUCAAGUACAGAGCCUGGGGGACUCCAACAGAGACAGGAUGAUGGGAGGAGGUAUCAUUAGAAAGGAGACCCUGAAUGAGCGUUGGGAGAGAUAGGAGGAAAACCAAGAGAGGACAGUGUCACAGAAACCGAGUGAUUGAAGAAUUUGGAGAAGGAGAACAUGGUCAACAGUGUCAAAGGCAGCAGAGAGGUCAAGAAGAAUUAGUAUGGAGUAUUUCCCUUUGGAUUUAGUUGUGAUUAGGUCAUUAGUGACUUUAUUAAGAGCAGUCUUAGUAGAGGGGAGGGGGUGGAAGCCAAACUGAAGAGAGUUUGAAAGGAUAUGUCUAACUACAUUCAAUUGUAGUUGUUAUAGUGCUAUUAGUCUGUAGGCCUUUCCCCAAUUUCUGGGUUAAACCAAUUCUCUUUUUAACAUUUUGGCCAAUGUCUGGCCUACUCCUCGAUUAUUGCUAAUGUAGAAUAUCCACAUCUGCACAAUAUAAAUUAUUUAUAAAAUUAUUUAUUUAUAAAAUAUUUUACCAGGAAAGAUACAUUGAGAUUUCUCUUGUUUUCAAGUAUGUCCUGGGUCCACAAAUCAUUGCAUUGUUACAUUAGGUACAACAAAAUACAAAAACAAUAUUAAUACACAAUAUAUACAAAAUUUAACAUAGAACAGGCAGGAAAUAUAUAAUCAACCAUGACACAUGCAUUCUGUUUUGAGGUAUGUAGAGAGGGAUCUCUUAAAUGACUUUAGGCUUAGGGAAGAUUUUAAAUUGUGCGGGAGGUCGUUCCACAAUUGCGGUGCUCUGUAGGAGAAGGAGGAUCGGGACGCUUUCUUUUUGUAUUGAGGUAGACUAAGUAAAGUGUUGGUACUGGAUCGGAGCUUAUAGAAAGUGGGAACAGCAAGGGAAAGCAUUUUGUUCAGGUAGGGUGGGAGUUUACCAGAAAAGCUCUUAAAAACAAGGCUGGAAAGAUGAAGGGUGCGUCUGGAUUCCAGCGAUAGCCAGUUUAGUUCCUUUAGCAUGUCACAAUGAUGGGUCCUGUAAUUACAUUGUAGCACAAAUCGGCAGAACAAGUUAUACAAUGUGUUGAGUUUAUUAAUGUGGGAUUGCGAUGCAGACGCAUAUACUACAUCCCCAUAAUCAAUGAUUGCAUUUCGGGCUCGCAGGCCCAAGUCAUCAUAAAAACAUGAAUGUACAAUGGAUAAGCAGUUGACUACUACAUUGAGAUUUCAAUGAAGGAGGGGAUCAGUUACAGUUCAAGUGGUCGCUCAUGUCCAAUGCCCAUAGUUAGGUAUGUGGUUGUGUCUAUUAAGUUAUUGAAAUGUGUGAAGGUAUUAGAAACGCAUAUUUGGGCUAGGCCUGUGAGAGGUAGGGCAAUGUGAGUGUGGAGGAAUCCGUAUAUUGUCUGAGGUGAUCUGUGUGCCUGUGUGUAGGUGAGUAUAUCACAUUUCGGGCUCGCAGGCCCCAUUUGUCAUACAAGCAUGAAGAGACAAUAAAUAAACCGUUGAUAUCUGUAACAAGCUUUCAAUGAGGGCGAGAGUCAAUCAUAGUUCCCCUGUACGCUCAUAUCAGUGCCCUUAGUUAGAUGUGCUGUUGACUCUAUUAAGUCGUUGAAUUAUGUGAGUAUAGGAGACUCGCACAGUCGGGCUAGGCCCAUAGGAGACGGGGCAGCGUAGAUGAAAUGGGGUCCGUAUAUUGCCGGAGGUGCUAUAUGUGCCUGUAGUGUGUUUAUAAGAGUGGCAUCGAUAAGGAUGGGGAGGUGGAUAACCUGUAGUUAUGCGUGGCCCUAGUAUAUAUAAGUGGGUGGUGUGGGUCCAUCGUAGAAAGAGUUGUUCAGAUUAUGAUGUGACGUGGGAAGUGUGUAGUGGUGAGCAAUGAGGCGAGUGUGCGGGGAAAUGGGUGGGGGUGUAAAUCCAAGGCUGCACUGCACGCCCAUCGUCCGCAUUAGCAGUUACCCUGCGUGUCCUCGUCGUGUAGUCUAUCAAGGUCCCCUAACCGUAGCUCUGAGUCCAUGCAGUAGUCGGGGAGGGUCGGAGGGGGGGGGGUCAUGUGCAGGACAGCCGUAUCCCUGUUUAUAUUUAUGUAGUGGGGUUUCAUUCAAAUUCGUCAGCUAUUCCUUUGAGGGUAUGUCUCCCUUGUGGGUCCACAUGGUCACCCGUUUGUCUCAGUCGGCAGUGCCUUCAAAGUCAUUCCCCCAGCUUAGAGAGACGCGCGGUAUACGGUUGAACGUUGCCACCUCCAGCGGGCCAUCAUGGAACGCAUCACCUGCCAUAGGUGCGUCGCCCGGCACGCACCCCCGCCCGGCCCCCCCCUACCGCUGCGCGCGGAAGGUAAACCACGGAGUCCAGAGUUCAGCACACUUCGGACCCCUGCCCAUCAGCUCCGCUUGCAUAGCUUCAGCCGCUCGAAUAUCCUCAACUCGAUGGAUCCAUUCUUCUCUGGUAGGGAUAUCUGUCUUUUUCCAGUAUACUGGUACGAGUGAUUUAGCAGCGUUUAGCAGGUGCCGCAAGAUGGAUUUUUUAUAUGUAGAUAGUGGUUGUGUGGAGACGUGGAGUAAGAUUAGCUCCACCGACCAGGUGAUGUCCCCCAAAAUCUGACGAAUGUCGGAUUUGAUCUGAUCCCAGUAUGGGCCAAUAUGCUUACAUUCCCACCAGAUAUGUAUGUGUCCCCCUUUCUUCCUGGCAUCUCCAGCACGUUGGGGAUGUGUUAGGGAAAAUUUUGUGAAGCAAUACCGGCGUUCGGUACCACAUGGAGAGUAGUUUGUAGUUAACUUCUUGGUAGCGGGAGCUAGAGGAGUUUUUGUGUUGCCAUAUCAACGCCUUGUCCCACUGUGUAGGGGUGAACGUGGUGUCCAGUGCCCGCUCCCAUUGACGUUGGAAAGUGUUGUUCUCCGAGGUAGGGCCAGACAGCAGGUGUUGGUAGAGGUGUGAGAUGGCUUUCCCAAGAGAGGUGCCGCGAGAGCAGGCGUCUUCAAACCAUGUCAGGUCUCUGUGCAGUCUGUCCCGGUGUGGGAGGGAGUUGUAAUAAUGUCGUAGCUGCAUGUAUCGGAAGGUCGCCAUAUGGGAUCGUGGGCGUGACUCUAGCAGCUCGUCUAGAGAUUUUAGUUCACCAUCCUGAGUGACUUUGUAGAUUGGUAUAUAAUCCUCUCCACCCAAAAACGCCCAUGCUUCCGUCGAUGGUCCGCCUCCAAUAUUGGGAUUGUGCUGGAUCGGGAGUAAUGGACAGGGGGUCGGGGACACCUGAGGCAUUUCUCUGAGUGUUUCCCACGCUAGUAAUGUUUCAGCCACCGGUCCUUCCUCUCCCCUCCUGCUGCCCCUGGUUGUUCUCCUCAGCCAAACCGCUGCCUUUAGUUUUGCAGCCUCUCCCAUCCGAUCCAGAGUUACCCAUUGUUUACUCGUAUCUGUUUCGUGCCAUUCCAGGAUCCUUUGUAGGACUGUUGCCUGGUGGUACUUUUUAAAAUCCGGUAGGGCUAGGCCCCCUCUGUGUCUUGGUAAGCAUAGGAUGUCAUGCCGUAGCCUGGAUCGUUCCCCCCUCCAGACAUAUUUUAUGACCGCUGAUUUCAAGGUCGAGAAAAAUAAUGCCGGCAGGGUUGUUGGUAUAGUCUGAAAUAAAUAAAGGAUCCUAGGAAGAACGUUCAUUUUUAAGACUGCUAUACGGCCAUGCCAGAUGUGGGGGUAGGACCAUCUCGGUCUGUUUCGAUGGAGUGUUUUGAAAUUACGGUGGUAUAUUCCCUGAACCAGAUGGGUAUUUCAUUGCCUCUGUGCACCAGCGAAAUGGAAAAAGUGGGCCGAGGGCUCAUAUUCCGCUGCGGGUGUGGUGAUAUUCCCUCACAUUUCGGAUUGAGUCGAAACCCCGAUGCGGCCAAACCGUUCUAUUUCUGAGAGUAUGCAGGGCAAAGUGAAGGUUGGGAGAUGAAGAACAAGAGGUCGUGCUAUGCGGCUACCUUGUGCUGUGUCUUGGAUCCGAUCCGGUUGUCCCGUAUUGAUCUCCAGUGACAGUGCAAACAGGAGCGGCGAUAGGGGACACCCCUGUCUGGUCCCGUUCGUGAUCCCAAAGCCAGUGCGCCAUUAACUCGCACUGCUGCCCUCGGUGUGCAUAGAGCCCAAGCCAUGAUCCGUUGUCCAAAGCCCAUGUGUCUGUUUCCCCCCGAUCUUUCUCUGCCUCGACAACAGCUCCAUUGAGAAUAGGCGUAGGGUGCUGUCCCACCCCGUUUGGUCCACAUGGACAAGGCUCGGAAGGAUUCGUUGGAGUCUGUUGCCAGUUAACAACUUAGUAUCCACAUUUAGCAGAGAGAUGGCCGAUAGUUACCAUUGUUCUGGGUCUUUCCCCGGCUUAAGGUAUGGUCGCAGUCCUCGAUGCAUGAGACUUCAUUAACCGCCCUUGUCAGCCGCGGUAAGAGCGCCGUGGCGAAUUGUUUAUAGUACUCCGUCGAGUCCUGGGGCAGUCCAUUUUUAGGGAAGAGGGCGAGAUCUUCCGUGCCGAAAGGAGGGGUUUGGAAUUCGUGCCCGCACGGUGUCCUGGAUGUAUGUUUGUACAUGAGGCGGUGCCUCCCCGUCUGGUGCCUGAUCUGGUGGACCAUAGUAUGUCCUGAAUUCGUCCGCUAUGUCUUCUGGGUAUGGGGACACUCUGCUUAAGAACUUUCGUACUUGGUUCGUGGUGUGUCGCCUUUCAGACAGCAGGUGCGUAGAGUUCUUCGAGCGUUGGAGCGAGCGUUGAUAUCGCUUCGUGAGGAGAGUGUUCAGGGUGCGCCUAGCUUCCAGGUGAGCUGAGACCGUUUGUGUUGGAGUAAGCGUUUAAUGGUGUCGUAUACGUCUGCCAUACUGGUCACCUCCUUUCUCUUGCGAGUCGAGACCAUGAGUAUGCCCUAUGACACUCUUGCCCCCACACCGACACAGACGACAUCCCUUCCGUCUCGUUCUCCGUGAAGUAUGAAGUCAGCGCUUGGGAAAUCUCUUCUUUUAGUAGGAUCCCGCCAUGACCAGGUGGCCGGCUUGAGCCAACCAAUCCGGACCGGACCUUCCGACCACGUGGCUGGUUCGACAGUUGCCCCGUAAGCCAGUCCAGCUUGUUUGAUAAGGACAUAGUCUAUUCCGAUUGUGCAGCGCCGAGUAGUGUGUAUAGUCCCUGUCGGCGGGACCCCAGCAGUCCCAGCUCACCUAGUGCUUUGCGGAUAGAUCCCAACUGUGGCCGGUGGAGGAAUCUAGCAGAGGAUCCAACGGAGCGUUGAAGUCUCCUCCCACUAUCAGGGCUCCUUCCGAGAAUCCGCGAAGCUUGUUCAGUGCCCCACGUAAGAACUGUGCUUGUUUUGAGUUGGGAACGUAUAUGGUCGCGAGAGUGUAGAUCCCCUGAUGGCCCGCGAUGAGGCGCGGCCCCACGGGAACGACGCGCAGCUCCGCUUGGGAUAGGUGUGGGAGGGUCACCAGCUACUGUCAGGUAGUCGGUUGGAUAUCGUCUUUCGUUAGACGUAUGACGUUUAAACGUGCAACGCAGCCUCGGGGGGAAGUAUGUGUGUAUUAUGUGGUGUGUGUGUGAGUGGGGUAGGGGUAUGGGGUCUGCCCGUAAUUAAGGUCUUUUGUUUAAUAAAAAUAAGGGUGAACCGCGUGGGUCACCCCUUCGGGCGUCGUCCCUCUCGGAGUUUGGAGAGGUGGAGACCCAAAUCUCCCCGAAAGGAGGGUCACUUGUGUCCCAGCCGGAGUGGCCUGGUGUCACCCCGCCUGAUCGGUGAGUGAACGUACCUGUGGCUCCGCUGGGGAUCCUACACAAGUGUAAUUGUAGGGUAGUGGUCGUAGUCGAAACCAGCAGUUUAUAUAUUGUAUGUACUGUAAGUAUGGGGUUGUCCCGCUCCAACCAGGUCCCGGCCCAAGUGCGAAUAUACAUGGGAGGUGUGUAUAAGCCCAACCAACUCAGGUGUGCAAAGUCUAAACAUGCCAUCAAUGCGGAUAUCGCCCUUCCCGUGUCCCCGCCGUCCCGUCUGCCACAGUACCCAUCCCCGGGAUGUGCCCAGAAGGCAAUCGUGACCCUUCACCAGCUAUCAGAGUCCAACUGACCAAGGUAUGCCAGCUGGGCCUAACCAAGGGUACGAGCUGUCUCUCCUAAUCCUUUAUGUCCGCUCCAUGUGGGCAUACGUCAUGACCAUUAUACUAUGUAUAGUAACCCAACAGUCUGUGCUCUUUCCUUCCUUUUCUUUUCCCUUUCUUUUCCUUUUUGUCGUUAACUGGUUGCCAUCCGUGGCUAAAAUGUAGGUUUCUAAGUUAAUAAAAAUUUUUCCUUUUUUUUUCUUUAAAAAAAAAAAAAAAACCCAGAAAGAAGGUCCCUACCUGUCUCUGUCGUCUGUAGCUAGCCCCCACCCCAUCCAGGCUGUCCCACCAACCUGCCUUCAUUCCCGACUCUGAUUCCCAGCAUAGUACAUUGCCCUGAUCCCACAAAUCACAUUGCAUGACACCAGUGUAAGCAGCAAAUGGUACACAACCAACAGUCUCACGGUAGCAUAUUAAGGCACUUAUCGAGGCGGGCGGAGGGUAGAAGUCCAGUGUCCCAACAUAACAACAGGCAGUCCAAAACCAGGAGUGUCAGCGAGUGGACCACAGGGGCUAGCUUCUCCAUAGGUUUAGGUAGGAGGAAGGGCCAGUUGCAGCUGGAGUUCACAUUUCUUGCCCCCCUUGUUCCCACCACCCAAGUUGCCUGGUAUCCUAUAUUGCAACUUGAAGCAGGGUCAGCAAAUGUAAAAGUAGAGAAGGGGAGCCCGUUGUCAGUUCAAAGGGGUCAACUUCUAGUGGCAUCCGGGCAGUCUCCCGAGGCUAGGCCGGGCAGAGGUAGUCUAGCGGGCUGAUACCGCCUUUCCAUUUUCCCCAGACCUCUGAGCUCCCCCUUUGUCAUUUCCCAGCCUUUAGCCCCCCUAUUCCAGUUUCCCAGCCUCUGGUCCCUCCUUUUCCUUCCCAGCCUCUGGGCCCCCAUGUUCCCGUAUCCCACCCCUGUGCCCCCCACACCCAUCCCAGUACCUGUGCCCCUUUAUCCGUCCCGUCCCUGUACCCCUUUAUCCAUCAGCCCUGUGCCCACCUUCUUUAUCCGUAGCCCCUGUGACCUUUUCCUAUCCCAGACCCUGUGCCCCCUUUACCCAUAACACCACCUGUGACCACCCUUCACCUAUGCCCAGUCACUAGCCACCUUUUCCAUAUGAGCCCCCUUUCUGGGACAGCCCCUCUGCCCUCUUUAUCCAUCUGAGCCAAUGACCCACCACAGCCCCUAUGCACCAUAGAUCCCACCUGAGUUUGUUGAGCCUCCUGUGCCUUCCUGCAGUCAGAAUGUUGUGGUAUCUACUGUGUAUCAACUAGCAGCCUUGUAGCAGUAUCAUAUACAAAGAAUCCCCCAAAUAGCCCUCCCCCAGCCCCUAGGGCUGCCUUGUAUGUAAUGCCAGUUUGGAUGUCAUAGCGUUGAGGGCAGUUGUAGGCUGGUAUGGUUUAACUGACUAACUUUAUGUAUUGUCGUUAUUAAGGGGUACGUAGGAUUAAAUGGUACAGCCACUAGCGCUUUCAAAGUAACCCUUGAUCUGUGUUGUCAGCAGAAUGAUCACCAAUACCUGAGUAGUUUGUGCACUGGUCUACUGUGUCAUUAGCAAAAUCAAGCUCCAGUUAGGGCUCCUUGUUCCAUGCCUGUUUGGAUGUCAUAGUUUUAGGAGGGCAGUUGUAGUGGAGUUUAACUGACAACAUUAUUGUCUUGUAGGAAAAUGGUAGACUAGGUGGGCAAAAUGAUGCUCCUGGUGGGUUCAUGCUUACUAUGAUCUCUGCUUGGACAGGGAUGUCUCUUUGGAGAAAAAUUAGUCUGAUGCCUUAUGAAUUCGUAAAGACUUAUGACUUAUUAAUUUGUAAGGACUUAUUAAUUCGUAAGUGAGGAAAUCUGCUUUUAAAAGUGAAUUUCGUACAAUGACCCAAGCAGUGUUGGUGUAUUUUUGAAGGCCCUUAUUUAUUUGCAAAUGUAAGAAGCAGCAACAAUUAAGUACUAUUGUCUUCUACAAUAUGGAGGCAAGAGUAAGUUAGUUAAUUUGCUGCUUAUAUACUGUGAGGGUUUCUGUGUGUUGAGACUCGUCAGAGAAAAAAGAUACAAAAGUGGUCUGUGGUUAGAUGAGUUUUGAAAUGGUAUCGUAUGAGAUGGGGGAGGACAUGUUUGAAGAAGUAACUAUCACAAUAUCACAAUCAUUUCAAAAGCUGUAAAUAAUAUUUUAAAGUGACACUAACAACCAUGCUUGUCUAGCAGAAUAAUGUAUUUUAUUAUAGCAGUCACACUAAAAGACUUACUAUGAUGACGACCAUAUCUCUCUGUCUGUCAAAUGUUUUUGCCUUUAGAUGUACUAGCACAAGUAGUGUUAGGUCUUGCAUUCUUAUAUCCUGUGUACUUGUGAGAGUUUUGCUGAGCAAAGUUCUGGCAGUGUACUACUAUCCUAAAAGACAGGAACUGUAUGUUUUCAAGAGGGGCAGUGGAAGAUUAACAGCAGCUGGCUUCCUAGAAUAAUUUAGCACUCUGAAUAUUAUAUUAUUAUAGGUGAUUAAGUCAGCAACAGAAGUAUUAUCUCGUAAGUUUAGAUAGAUGUAUUUAAUCAGCUUUAACAUAGACUGUGACGGCAGAUAAGAACCAUUUGGCCCAUCUAGUCUGCCCAAUUGUCUAAAUACUUGCAUUAGUCCCUAGCCUUAUCUUAUAGUUAGGAUAGCCUUAUGCAUAUCCCACACAUGCUUAAACUCCUUUACUGUGUUAACCUCUACCACUUCAGCUGGAAGGCUAUUCCAUGCAUCCACUACCCUCUCAGUAAAGUAAUACUUCCUGAUAUUAUUUUUAAACCUUUGUCCCUCUAAUUUAAGACUAUGUCCUCUUGUUGUGGUAGUUUUUCUUCUUUUAAAUAUAGUCUCCUCCUUUACUGUGUUGAUUCCCUUUAUUAUUUAAAUGUUUCUAUCAUAUCCCCCCUGUCUCGUCUUUCCUCCAAGCUAUACAUGUUAAGAUCCUUUAACCUUUCCUUGUAAUUUUUAUCCUGCAAUCCAUGAACCAGUUUAGUAGCCCUUCUCUGAACUCUCUCUAAACUUAAGUAUCAAUAUCAAAAGCCUUGAAACCACUCUGAAUCUGUGUGUUAUGACUAUCUUCUUUUCCCUUUUUUUCAGGGGUGCAUUUUAUAUAAAUUGAGGCCUCUUAAAUUUACUUAUAAUUAUUAAGCAAGGCAUAUAUUCUGUCUAGUACUUUCAAAUUCCUCUUUUCGCAACCCGACCAGUCAAAGGUUGUGAACCACUCUUGAAGGAAGCUCCAGGCUGCAAUUUACUUUUUAAGAAUGAUAUUGCCAAUGCAUUUAUAAGAUGUAGUGGUUAUUUUACCAAGAGUGGGUGUUAAAUUAUUAGACGUACAUUUGUUGCACUCUUCCUUGAACGAAUCGAUUUGUCCUGCUAAAAACCCUUUCAGUUUUUUGUUUUUUUUUUAACUGAUCCUUAAGUUUAAAAAUAAACUGUAAUGGUUUCUAAUCUGUAUUAAUUUGUUUAAGGAAGAGUACAAUGAAUGCACAUACACUCACAAACCUGGAUUUAUUGCAGCAACAGUAGAGCUGGAUGGUAGGUAUGUAUUCGCUUUAAGUCAAUAGAUGAUUGAUAAUUGGUAUAACUGGUGCAUAAGUAGAUGUUAUUUGUUAAAGUUAACAUUUUAUAACAGGUUUGCUUUUAACCAGAAGGUAAUAUCCCUGUCCAAAAAUAUAGAACUGAAAAAUGUUUCUUGUACAUGACUAAGAUAACAUUAAAUCUACUUGUUAGAACGGUCUACCAAAUUGCAGACACUAGUAAAACAAAUUGCACCCCAGAAAUGUCAAACUUGUUUAUAACAUUCCGUAUUUAUUCCUAAUUUCCAGUGGGAGGUAUUUACACUGUUAUCCAGACAAAAGCGAAGAUCACCACAGACGAAUGGGGAGAGAACUACUUCCUGAUUGGUCCUUAUUUCGAGCACAAUGUGCGUACACAGGUUGAGCUGAUUGAGCCUCCACAUCCGGCUAUCAAGAGAACACUCGGACUCAAUGAACUCUAAGGGGUGUAAGGUAAGAAACGGCAACUUCUUCAGUGAUGUGUACAUGUUUAAUUGUUUAUUGGCAUUUAUUCCUCUAAGACAGCAACUAAUGCUAUAAAUUAGUAAUUAUAGAAAAAUACUUCUCUCUAUUUGCUUGGGUAAAGGAAUAUGAGUAUAAGUACUUGAUACCUUGCAGUAUAACAAACCAUGUAUAUAAGUUCCCACCCACAACUGACAUAUAGAUCCAUUUUAUUGUUUCAAAAAAGAUUGUCUGCACAUGUUCAAUAUUUCUUCAUGUUCAUAAGGUGGCACCUUCUAAAGAAGAUCUUACAUAGAUCUUGGACUUAAUUAUCAGUCACUGCAAACCAAAACUAAAGAGUCAUUCUAAGUAUAACUCCUACAACCCAUUGUGGUGUGUAUAGUGUAAAGCGGCUAUGAGUGCUGGAAAAACAUUUCAGACACAAAUUAUUGGAUACAAGCAGAUAGUCCCCAAGGUAACAGGGGCCCAGGACCUUGUUCGGUGGACCAUUGGAUGUUAUACUUCCCCAUGACUGUUUUCAUACAAAUUUGUUUUUCAAUAUGUCUUUAUUGGGAGGUAAAAAGGAACAAAUAUAAAAUGUUUAUCUUGUAGUAUAAGCAACACAGGCAAUGAAAAUGAAUAAAAUAAGGUAAAAUUAAGUGAAAGUAGUAAACCAGUAAUGUAUUUAAAAUAAGUGAGUGACAUAAAUAAUUACACAUUCCUUUAGUUUUGCAUUAAAAUGUGUAACAGUAAUAUUAAGUAUCAUGAACAGUGGAUAAGACUGGGGAAAAGAACACUUUCACAUUAGUGGUAUCUGGGGUUGGUCCAAGCUCUGGAAUAAAAUAGAGGUACAAAAGAGGAGAAAGGUGGCAGUCGGCAAAAUAAAAUAAGGGAAGGGGUUGGCUGAACAGGGGAGGAUGGGACCUGUCUUUAGUAGCUUCUGCACAGUUAAUUUGACAUACCCAUAUUGAUACUCUGUCAGUCUGUGUGUAAUCCAGAAAUUAAAAUUUUGGUGGAUGCCAAUUGGCUACGCUUGUCAGCUGAUUAGCUCCCAAUCAGUGGCAUCCAUGUUUUGAUGAUAAAGCUGACAUUACUAAUGGGGAAGUGUGUACCUGUGCUGGACAUACUUGUCUUAACCUAUGGUCCAAUUCUUGGCAUACAGUCUUACAGUAGUUUUGCAAAUUAGGAAAGGAGUGUAAAAGUCCAUGAACGAGAGAAGAGCAGUUCGCUCUGAAUGAGCCUCUCCUUAGAGGUUAUGUAACAAGAGCAACACCUUAUGGUGAUUGCUCCACUUUUAGAGCUGCUCAGAAUUAUUCUGUAUAAAUAACACCUCGUGGGCCAUGACUUUACCAGUUUGUUCUUAACCCUCUCUUAGUUCUUUCGUUUUGUCCAAGCCCACACAAGGGCAUAUUUGCGACUGAGUGUGGGUUAGGCAGGCUUUGUUUCUGUGACAGGGCACCUAAUUUUGGAUAAAGUUUAGAUGCAAGCUUUUCUAUGUGCAGGCCAAAAGAUACCCAAGUAUUUAAAAGAGUGCUGCGGUCAGUGUGCCAUUUGGAUAUUUGUGUUUGACGGAAUUGUGUAAUUUGUGUAAUUUUAGGUACUGUUCCAAAGAUCAUUGUGACAGUUUUGUCAGUGUUUAGGAAGAGUUUGUUUUUUGCGAUCCACUUUUCUACGUCUGUAAACUGGUCUUGGAGCACAGGCUCAAGUUGCGGUAGAUUGGAUUUGCUCACAUAGAUUACCGUGUCAUCUGCGUACAUGUGUACAUUUGAGGAUUGGCAGACAUUAGGCAGAUCAUUUAUAAAUAAUGUAAAUAGUAGGGGGCCGAGAAUGGAACCCUGGGGAACCCCACACUUGACUGGGAGAGGGAGGGAGUCACUGUCAGAAAUGGGCACAUAUUGCGAGCGAUCCGAAACAUACAAUCGAAACCAGUUUAGAGAAUGAUCACCAAUACCUGAGUUUUUGAGUUUGUGCAGUAGAAUGUUGUGGUCUACUGUGUCAAAGGCCUUAGCAAAAUCAAGAAAAAUAGCUCCAGUUAGGGCUCCUUGUUCCAUGCCAGUUUGGAUGUCAUAGCAAACUUUUAGGAGGGCAGUUGUAGUGGAGUUUAACUGACAACAUUAUUGUCUUUUUAAUGUAGGAAAAUGGUAGACUAGCCUUUCAAAGUAACUUUCUGUGGGCAAAAUUAUUAUUACUCAAUGAUGCUCCUGGUGAGUUCAUGUUUACUAUGAUCUCUGCUUGGACAGGGAUGUCUCUUUGGAGAAAAAUUAGUCUGAUGCCUUAUGAAUUCGUAAAGACUUAUGACUUAUUAAUUUGUAAGGACUUAUUAAUUCGUAAGUGAGGAAAUCUGCUUUUAAAAGUGAAUUUCGUACAAUGACCCAAGCAGUGUUGGUGUAUUUUUGAAGGCCCUUAUUUAUUUGCAAAUGUAAGAAGCAGCAACAAUUAAGUACUAUUGUCUUCUACAAUAUGGAGGCAAGAGUAAGUUAGUUAAUUUGCUGCUUAUAUACUGUGAGGGUUUCUGUGUGUUGAGACUCGUCAGAGAAAAAAGAUACAAAAGUGGUCUGUGGUUAGAUGAGUUUUGAAAUGGUAUCGUAUGAGAUGGGGGAGGACAUGUUUGAAGAAGUAACUAUCACAAUAUCACAAUCAUUUCAAAAGCUGUAAAUAAUAUUUUAAAGUGACACUAACAACCAUGCUUGUCUAGCAGAAUAAUGUAUUUUAUUAUAGCAGUCACACUAAAAGACUUACUAUGAUGACGACCAUAUCUCUCUGUCUGUCAAAUGUUUUUGCCUUUAGAUGUACUAGCACAAGUAGUGUUAGGUCUUGCAUUCUUAUAUCCUGUGUACUUGUGAGAGUUUUGCUGAGCAAAGUUCUGGCAGUGUACUACUAUCCUAAAAGACAGGAACUGUAUGUUUUCAAGAGGGGCAGUGGAAGAUUAACAGCAGCUGGCUUCCUAGAAUAAUUUAGCACUCUGAAUAUUAUAUUAUUAUAGGUGAUUAAGUCAGCAACAGAAGUAUUAUCUCGUAAGUUUAGAUAGAUGUAUUUAAUCAGCUUUAACAUAGACUGUGACGGCAGAUAAGAACCAUUUGGCCCAUCUAGUCUGCCCAAUUGUCUAAAUACUUGCAUUAGUCCCUAGCCUUAUCUUAUAGUUAGGAUAGCCUUAUGCAUAUCCCACACAUGCUUAAACUCCUUUACUGUGUUAACCUCUACCACUUCAGCUGGAAGGCUAUUCCAUGCAUCCACUACCCUCUCAGUAAAGUAAUACUUCCUGAUAUUAUUUUUAAACCUUUGUCCCUCUAAUUUAAGACUAUGUCCUCUUGUUGUGGUAGUUUUUCUUCUUUUAAAUAUAGUCUCCUCCUUUACUGUGUUGAUUCCCUUUAUGUAUUUAAAUGUUUCUAUCAUAUCCCCCCUGUCUCGUCUUUCCUCCAAGCUAUACAUGUUAAGAUCCUUUAACCUUUCCUUGUAAUUUUUAUCCUGCAAUCCAUGAACCAGUUUAGUAGCCCUUCUCUGAACUCUCUCUAAACUUAAGUAUCAAUAUCAAAAGCCUUGAAACCACUCUGAAUCUGUGUGUUAUGACUAUCUUCUUUUCCCUUUUUUUCAGGGGUGCAUUUUAUAUAAAUUGAGGCCUCUUAAAUUUACUUAUAAUUAUUAAGCAAGGCAUAUAUUCUGUCUAGUACUUUCAAAUUCCUCUUUUCGCAACCCGACCAGUCAAAGGUUGUGAACCACUCUUGAAGGAAGCUCCAGGCUGCAAUUUACUUUUUAAGAAUGAUAUUGCCAAUGCAUUUAUAAGAUGUAGUGGUUAUUUUACCAAGAGUGGGUGUUAAAUUAUUAGACGUACAUUUGUUGCACUCUUCCUUGAACGAAUCGAUUUGUCCUGCUAAAAACCCUUUCAGUUUUUUGUUUUUUUUUUAACUGAUCCUUAAGUUUAAAAAUAAACUGUAAUGGUUUCUAAUCUGUAUUAAUUUGUUUAAGGAAGAGUACAAUGAAUGCACAUACACUCACAAACCUGGAUUUAUUGCAGCAACAGUAGAGCUGGAUGGUAGGUAUGUAUUCGCUUAUAAGUCAAUAGAUGAUUGAUAAUUGGUAUAACUGGUGCAUAAGUAGAUGUUAUUAGUUAAAGUUAACCUUUUAUAACAGGUUUGCUUUUAACCAGAAGGUAAUAUCCCUGUCCAAAAAUAUAGAACUGAAAAAUGUUUCUUGUACAUGACUAAGAUAACAUUAAAUCUACUUGUUAGAACGGUCUACCAAAUUGCAGACACUAGUAAAACAAAUUGCACCCCAGAAAUGUCAAACUUGUUUAUAACAUUCCGUAUUUAUUCCUAAUUUCCAGUGGGAGGUAUUUACACUGUUAUCCAGACAAAAGCGAAGAUCACCACAGACGAAUGGGGAGAGAACUACUUCCUGAUUGGUCCUUAUUUCGAGCACAAUGUGCGUACACAGGUUGAGCUGAUUGAGCCUCCACAUCCGGCUAUCAAGAGAACACUGGACUCAAUGAACUCUAAGGGGUGUAAGGUAAGAAACGGCAACUUCUUCAGUGAUGUGUACAUGUUUAAUUGUUUAUUGGCAUUAAUUCCUCUGAGACAGCAACUAAUGCAGGACAUAAAUUAGUAAUUAUAGAAAAAUACUUCUCUCUAUUUGCUUGGGUAAAGGAAGAUGAGUAUAAGUACUUGAUACCUUGCAGUAUAACAAACCAUGUAUAUAAGUUCCCACCCACAACUGACCUAUAGAUCCAUUUUAUUGUUUCAAAAAAGAUUGUCUGCACAUGUUCAAUAUUUCUUCAUGUUCAUAAGGUGGCACCUUCUAAAGAAGAUCUUACAUAGAUCUUGGACUUAAUUAUCAGUCACUGCAAACCAAAACUAAAGAGUCAUUCUAAGUAUAACUCCUACAACCCAUUGUGGUGUGUAUAGUGUAAAGCGGCUAUGAGUGCUGGAAAAACAUUUCAGACACAAAUUAUUGGAUACAAGCAGAUAGUCCCCAAGGUAACAGGGGCCCAGGACCUUGUUCGGUGGACCAUUGGAUGUUAUACUUCCCCAUGACUGUUUUCAUACAAAUUUGUUUUUCAAUAUGUCUUUAUUGGGAGGUAAAAAGGAACAAAUAUAAAAUGUUUAUCUUGUAGUAUAAGCAACACAGGCAAUGAAAAUGAAUAAAAUAAGGUAAAAUUAAGUGAAAGUAGUAAACCAGUAAUGUAUUUAAAAUAAGUGAGUGACAUAAAUAAUUACACAUUCCUUUAGUUUUGCAUUAAAAUGUGUAACAGUAAUAUUAAGUAUCAUGAACAGUGGAUAAGACUGGGGAAAAGAACACUUUCACAUUAGUGGUAUCUGGGGUUGGUCCAAGCUCUGGAAUAAAAUAGAGGUACAAAAGAGGAGAAAGGUGGCAGUCAACUAGGCAAAAUAAAAUAAGGGAAGGGGUUGGCUAGAACAGGGGAGGAUGGGACCUGAGCCCUCUUUAGUAGCUUCUGCACAGUUAAUUUGACAUACCCAUAUUGAUACUCUGUCAGUCUGUGUGUAAUCCAGAAAUUAAAAUUUUGAUCAAAUGUGGAUGCCAUUGAUUGGCUACGCUUGUCAGCUGAUUAGCUCAGCCAAUCAGUGGCAUCCAUGUUUUGAUGAUAAAGCUGACAUUACUAAUGGGGAAGUGUGUACAUUAAAUGUCUGUGCUGGACAUACUUGUCUUAACCUAUGGUUUAUUGUAAGAGAUAUAUGUGCAAUGAUACUUGUGUAAUUCUUGGCACAGCAAUACAGUCUUACAGUAGUUUUGCAAAUUAGUUCUACUUUGAAAGGAGUGUAAAAGUCCAUGAACCUAAUCUCCUCAGAGAGAAGAGCAGUUUAAUGUUUUGCAAAGCUCUGAAUGAUUUUACUGCCUUGGUACAGACUCCUUAGAGGUUAUGUAACAAGAGCAAUUGUAGAGCAAAGUUCUAAAAUCAGAACAAGGAAUAAAAACAUUCUGUUGGUCUCCAUGGUGAUUGCUCCACUUUUAGAGCUCUGCUCCCAGAAUUAUUCUGUAUAAAUAACACACUCGUGUCAUGCCUUAUGACUUUACCAGUUUGUUCUUUUAACUCCUCUCUUAGUUCUUUCCCUGUUUGUGUCUAAGCUCUGUCACAAGUUUGGGCACUAAAUUUAGCGACCCUCUGGAGUGACCUGGUGUUAGGCAGGGAUUUUGUUUCUGCCUGACUAAAAGGUCAGUACUCCAAUUCUAGACUAUGUUUAUAUGAGGUCGCACAUUCCUACUUUUAAGCUUGUAGAUAGUGUUUGGGGUCUGUUCUCACUACAAUCACAGCUGUGAGCUGAGAAGGUGACCGUCUUGGAGUCUGGAAGCUGUGGCUAGAGAUCAUCGCUGUCAUGUGAAGGUCAUUGAUCUUUAAGCCUGCACGCUGUAAUUACAACAUGAGUAUAUCAAGCUGUUUAUUAAGUGUCGUAGAAAUGCAUUUACAAGAUGAGCCAAAAAUAUAGUGUGUUCCUCAUUGACUCAUAUCUUACCAGAAAGAAUAUAUGUGUAAAAUACAAAUACAUCUCUUCUAUCAGAUCUCUAACACUUCUCUCCAUUAACAAAUGUAGAGGAGAGACAGAUGUCAAUGAUUACAUUGACAUAGUAAUUACAUUUCAAAGGCGGCUGCUGAUUUCUAUGGAUAGCAAGGAUUUGUGUAAAGCUUUCUAGCGUUUGAGAAAGUUGUUUGAGAGGAUAUAUUGUAGGAUGCGUGUUCUAUUUACCAUUAGGAUAGUCAAAAGGAAUAUCUCCAGCCGUUGUAGUUCUGCAACAACUAUGAUGCUUUGCCAUCCUAAGACAAAGUGACAAAAAUUUCUACAACACCCAUGGGCACCUCUCGGUAAAAACAUUAUAUUUUUCUUUUAUCAAAGAAAAGAGAGAAUAGAAUUAUUCUGCAUAAUUUUCUCUCUUUAAGUUAUAUAUAGCCCUAGCCCAUUUUUCCUGUACUCCCAACAUUUUGUUUUUGUCAUCCCUUGCGAUAGAAUUUAUUGAAUUUUUUUUUUUUUUAAUAUAUAUGUUUUUAUGAAUUAGUCCAUAGAAGCGACGAGAGUGAUUGAACCAUUUAAUGUUUAGUAAUGUUACAUUCUGUGUGAGGCACUGAGCAUCUGGAUUUAUCCACUAAGAAGUUUGUUGUUUGCGAACUAAAGCCCUUUUUUCGAAAACAUCACACUGUAGUAAAUUAAAAUAAAUAAAUAAAUUAGGCCAAAAUAAUAGAUUUUUCAUUUUUUUGAAAACAGUAGCUCUAUACACCUGUGUGGAAUACCCUCUCAUCCACACCCAAAAUACAACCACCUCAAAUUGGUAUAAUUUAAACAUAUACGCCUUAAGUGGAGCAUUAAAUAAGAAAUAUAUCUGUGUGAGGUAACUUACCCCACAUUAUCUUAUUAAAAUCGUGAAUAGGUGGUACAUAUAAAAGAUAAAAAUAAAUACAAUAUAGUGCAGAUGGCAUUAAAAAUGGAAUAUAACCUUCUGUCCUCCACUUCCACCAUGGUAUACACUCGCUAUACCAUAUACCAAAGAAUGGCUAACUAUAUUUGAGAGGCUACGCAUGUAGAGACCGCGUGUAAAGUUCCUUACAGAUGGGAUAUGGUACCGCAAAAGCUAGCACAAAUGUACAAUACGGUUUCCAGCUUCUGCUGGAGAGGCGAGGACAGCAUAUGAUCCAUGGAACAUGUAUGGUGGACAUGCCCACUGAUCUAAACAUCUGGAAAGAUAUAGCAUCUCAUUACAAAAACACUAACAUCACUUUGCCUCAUGAACCACAUGUGACGAAAUGCCUUUUUGACCCUGGAUUGUUAGGUGACAAGCUGCCCUUUGCCCCUGGCUUUUGGAGGAGCCUGAUUACCAGCCUCCUUCCUCAUGACUAUGGCCCUGUGGUGUAUUGCCAUUUAAAAAGACUAUUUGGGGCUUAUUGGCUUCUAUAGACAGUUUCUGCCCAUUUGAAUCCAUGGGAAGGUGUGUUUCUUCCCCUCCCCCGUUUCCUGUCUAUUGUUCUCCAGCAGGGCGUUGUCCCAGGCACACUGCCAGUUGGAACUGACUGCUUUUGUCCCUCCUUGGUUUUUCAACUGCCCUUGCUAUGCUUUACCCCGUGGAAAAUCUACUCUGUUCAUGGGAUCUGAGUACUGUUCACCUAGAUUGGGCGCUCAGAUCCGAGCUAUCUGGGGAUAGGUUAAAUGUGGGGGUUCUGUGUAAUAAAAUAAGAAUUAUGUAUUUUUAUGUACUUUUACGUAUUUUUGCUGUUAGUGUAAAAUGUAGAUAUUUUCUGUACCUGGAGAUAAUUGAGUUUACUGCAGUGCCUUAAGCCAAUUAUCUCCAGGAUGUAGAGGAGGGAUUUCAUUGUGUAUGUGGGAGUGUUAUUACAGGGAGUGCCGAAUUAUUAGGCAAAUGAGUAUUUUGACCACAUCAUCCUCUUUAUUCAUGUUGUCUUACUCCAAGCUGUAUAGGCUCGAAAGCCUACUACCAAUUAAGCAUAUUAGGUGAUGUGCAUCUCUGUAAUGAGAAGGGGUGUGGUCUAAUGACAUCAACACCCUAUAUCAGGUGUGCAUAAUUAUUAGGCAACUUCCUUUCCUUUGGCAAAAUGGGUCAAAAGAAGGACUUGACAGGCUCAGAAAAGUCAAAAAUAGUGAGAUAUCUUGCAGAGGGAUGCAGCACUCUUAAAAUUGCAAAGCUUCUGAAGCGUGAUCAUCGAACAAUCAAGCGUUUCAUUCAAAAUAGUCAACAGGGUCGCAAGAAGCGUGUGGAAAAACCAAGGCGCAAAAUAACUGCCCAUGAACUGAGAAAAGUCAAGCGUGCAGCUGCCACGAUGCCACUUGCCACCAGUUUGGCCAUAUUUCAGAGCUGCAACAUCACUGGAGUGCCCAAAAGCACAAGGUGUGCAAUAUUCAGAGACAUGGCCAAGGUAAGAAAGGCUGAAAGACGACCACCACUGAACAAGACACACAAGCUGAAACAUCAAGACUGGGCCAAGAAAUAUCUCAAGACUGAUUUUUCUAAGGUUUUAUGGACUGAUGAAAUGAGAGUGAGUCUUGAUGGGCCAGAUGGAUGGGCCCGUGGCUGGAUUGGUAAAGGGCAGAGAGCUCCAGUCCGACUCAGAUGCCAGCAAGGUGGAGGUGGAGUACUGGUUUGGGCUGGUAUCAUCAAAGAUGAGCUUGUGGGGCCUUUUCGGGUUGAGGAUGGAGUCAAGCUCAACUCCCAGUCCUACUGCCAGUUCCUGGAAGACACCUUCUUCAAGCAGUGGUACAGGAAGAAGUCUGCAUCCUUCAAGAAAAAACAUGAUUUUCAUGCAGGACAAUGCUCCAUCACACGCGUCCAAGUACUCCACAGCGUGGCUGGCAAGAAAGGGUAUAAAAGAAGAAAAUCUAAUGACAUGGCCUCCUUGUUCACCUGAUCUGAACCCCAUUGAGAACCUGUGGUCCAUCAUCAAAUGUGAGAUUUACAAGGAGGGAAAACAGUACACCUCUCUGAACAGUGUCUGGGAGGCUGUGGUUGCUGCUGCACGCAAUGUUGAUGGUGAACAGAUCAAAACACUGACAGAAUCCAUGGAUGGCAGGCUUUUGAGUGUCCUUGCAAAGAAAGGUGGCUAUAUUGGUCACUGAUUUGUUUUUGUUUUGUUUUUGAAUGUCAGAAAUGUAUAUUUGUGAAUGUUGAGAUGUUAUAUUGGUUUCACUGGUAAUAAUAAAUAAUUGAAAUGGGUAUAUAUUUGUUUUUUGUUAAGUUGCCUAAUAAUUAUGCACAGUAAUAGUCACCUGCACACACAGAUAUCCCCCUAACAUAGCUAUAACUAAAAACAAACUAAAAACUACUUCCAAAAAUAUUCAGCUUUGAUAUUGAGUUUUUUGGGUUCAUUAAGAACAUGGUUGUUGUUCAAUAAUAAAAUUAAUCCUUAAAAAUACAACUUGCCUAAUAAUUCUGCACUCCCUGUAUGUUAAUUAGUGUUCCCAUUGGUUUGUGUCCCUUUUGUCACAGUUUACCACCAGGUCCAGGGGGUGUGCCUCUGGCCUGAAAACUUGUAUAUAAGGAGUAAUAAACGCUCAUUGGAGUCAGAUCAUCUUGUACCUUCAUGAAGUUUCGGCUCAUGUUUGGGGAUUGGAGAAACUACACUCUGGGUAUUGCUAUAAUCACUAUACUCCCCAGGGUAUAAUCACUAAGCUCUGCUAAGAGCUUGUUCCUGUUCCUGCUCUCUGGAAUUCGGAGAGAGGUCGACCUGCUGGAAGCUGGACCCUGGUCCUGGGUCCAGAGUGGGUGGAGACGGCGAGACCCCAACCAAGCUGCGGCGGUUCGUGGGGUCUGCAGUGGUUAUGGUGUCAGGCAGAGUGCUUGGAGUCCUCGGAAAGCACUAGGAGCAUCCUUGGCGGAAGGUACCUGGUCAGGGUGCCAGCGGUUCCGUUACACCACACUACUACCUUCUUCAUCAUUUCCCACUAAAAACCUUGUGUACUGACAGGUAUUUAAUAUUCCAUAUCACAACAUCAGCCCUUCAGACCAUAGCUCAGACCAUACGAAUUCCAUCCAUUAGCUCCUGCAUAACCUUACUAAAAGAAACGGAACUCUACGAAUGCAAAUACAGGGAAAACUUGCACUCCAAAACAUACUGGUUUAACGCAUGGGAUAAAUGGAAUACUCACAUACUAGUGGACAACUGUCAACCUUCCACUAGAACCCUACCUCAGGCAAGCGAGGUCCGACAGCCGUGUGCAUGCUAACUAUUACAUGAACAUAUACAAAACCAUUACUAUGUAAUAAAAUUAUAUCAAAAAAAUAAAAUAAACAUACAUUGACUUCACUGAAUUGUCUGACCUGACAACUUAGUUCAUACUAAAGACAUCCAGUGCUUAAUACGCAGACUAUCCCCACGAGAAAGGAAACCUGCCACACAUGGAAUUGAUGUCACCUGAUGGAAAGUGAUUACUGUCCACCACUACUAGCGUAAAAGUAAGCCCCAGGCCCCUCCAGUCCACUAAGAGCGGAGAUGGUCUAGACCCUAUGAUUUUAACCAGUUACCCAAUUUAAAGGGUAAAUCCCUUGAACAGAACUGUGACAAACCACAUCCACAACCUGGUGCUUACAUAUUCUCCCCCCCCCCCAACCCCCCUCCAAGUUCUAAACCCCUUAUAAAAUAAAAUCCUGUAGUGGUAUACGACACCCUAGAAAUUCUCUCGGGGACUAUGAGUCCACUGGAUGGCAAUAACCUUAUAAAUGUACAAAUAGUGUUGAUGUAUCUUUACUGCAAUGUUUACACCCAAAAUGAUUAUAUGUGUAACUUAACAUAUGUACCAUUGUGAGCUUGUUAAAAUGCAAAAUGUAAAAAAAAUUGAAUAUUUAGAAUCUUGAGUAAUAAAAAUUCUUAAAGCGACUCUGUCACCAAAACGGUUUCAUUUUUGUCAAAGAAAGACUUUGGUUUCAAUGUGGCAAUGCAAUAAAAUCUUAAAGGGUACAACAAGCACCAUGAUCACUUCAGAGAUUUAAAGUGGUCAUGGUGUCUGGGGUCUGUAUGUGCAGCAUUUCACUGUGAGAGAUACUAAGUUUAACCACUUGGAAACUAUAGGUGUAACCUCACCUCCGGCAGCAUCAUGGAGCAUCAUCAGCCAGUCCAGAAGGAGUGUUCGGGCUGGUUAAUGUCAGUUCUGUGAAAUUUCUUUACACAGGCAUUCAUUGGCUGAGAGCUGUCAGCUGACAUUUUAAGCCAAUGAAUGAGCAGCCGGAUCAACAUCUGGCUUCUGCAUCUCUGCAGAAACUAGAUGUUGUAAACAUGCCUACAUCAGAAACCUGGAAGGGUCAUGUAAACUGGCAAACCAUUGUAAAACAGUUUGCCCAAUUACUGGGGAACGGCAUUAGGUUACUCCUACCAUCAUUACCACUACAGCAAGCUGGAGUGAUUAUGAUGGUUGUAUCAAUCCUUUAAGGAAAACCUGUACUUUUAAAUCCUUUUUGUUUCUCAAUGAUUAGGGUUGCCACGAGUGGUUGAAUCCUGACGCUUGGCUGCUUGCAAUGUUUUAAAGUAUUAUAUUUUUAGGGUUUGUAGUUGUAUAUGCAUAAAUCUUUGUCACUGACAGGGCCAGAUUAACAUAGGUGCUGAUGGAGUUGCAGCUCUAGGCCCAUUCCCAUUGGUUUAAAAAUAUAUAAAAAAAAAAUAAAAAAUUUGAGGCUGCCAAUACAAAUGCUGAUCUUUUUUUCAGUAUAAACAGAGAUUACUCUUCAAUACCAAUGCCGGACAGUAGGUCGCUGUGUGUGGAGAGAGGCAUGGAUAGGAAGCUACAGCAUAUGCAUGCCUUUCUCGACUCACUGAUCCGUGAUGGAGCAGCAACACCGCACAGAUAGUCCAGACAGCAGCUUCCUGCCUGCAGAGACAGCCUACAGCUCAGGUAGGGAGACACAAUAGGGGGCUCUGGGAGACAUGGAGACAUUGGGACACUGGGAAACAUGAAGAAACUGAGACACUAAGGACACAGUGUCCCUUAGUCUGUGUCCCCAUGUCUCCUAGUGUCUCUGGUGUCUGUUACUAGAAGACAUGGGAGACAUGGGGACACACACUAGCAGAAACUGGGUGACAUUGGGGACUGAGAAACUGUGAUCCAUGGGAACACUGAUACAUAGCGGAACAAACUGUAAGAAAUUUCUUAGUGAUUUUACAGCAUAUUCUCUUAUGUCACUCCUUGUGAUUUACAUGAUGUCACGUAUACAUAAUUAAGUAUGCAAAUUAGUAAGACUAGUAUUUUUUUUUUUCCAAGAAAGAUGGCAACCGUAACUGCUCUUUACAUACUCUUGCUUAAGUAUGGAAGCUUAAGAGGGAUGUAUGGGUACAAAACUUGUGUGGAUUGGCUGACAAUGAAAUUAGUUGAGGUAAUGCUGACUUUGGUCUCUCUAACACUGUGGCAUGUCCCCUUUCUUCUACACUCACUACAUUCAGUAGUCCUUAGAAAGCGUUGAGCGAACGCAUCAUUAGACACAUUUAUGCCAAGCUCAGGGUGCUGUCUGCAUAGUAUGCCCUUAGUUGCACAGCCUGCAUGAUUAGCAGGCAGUCUGACAUGCAUUCAUGCCAGUCUGGCCUUUCAAUUCUUCGGGCAGACAUGCCCCGUUUGCAUGUUCGCCCCUUUCGGCAGUUUUGGUUUACGUGAUUCUCUCCAGGACCAUCUCCAUCAGAUACAUGACGCUUGGGAGGCAUGACUGUUUGUGUUUUCUGUCUAUAAGAUUCUGUAGUUAGGACCAUCAUAAUUGUCCACACGAGGCCCACUGGGCUCUUAAUCUGGCCCUGGUCACUGAUCCCAUUCCCUAGUGUGGGUUAUUGCCCAAUCUGUCUUUUUAUGUCAUUCUUUAAAAAAAGAAUUGAGUUAGCUGUUUGUGCUAUUAGACUGUCCCAUUAACACCAAAUAGUUAUUAACUUGUGUUUGGUUUUUUGUUGUUGUUUUUUUUAUUUUAUUUUUCUAAGAAAGGGGAAAAAGAAACCCACACGUGCUAUGUGUAUCGAAUGCAUAGCUAUUUUGAAUAAAGGCCUGCAUGUACUCACAUACAGCAUUGUGGGAGGAAGGCCAUCUGGUGAAUAUUGCAUCCCUAGAACACACAGAAAUGCAAACCCCUGCACGCAUGCAUACCAAUAAAAAACAACAAAAAAAACAGGUGGUGUAAAUAGUUAAUAGUGAUUGAAGAACUUCAGUUCUAUGCGUCAGAAUUCCAAAUGUCAGUUUUUUCAGUUGUUUAUACAGUCUGCAGCAGUGUCAUCCAUACAGCUUCAUUAAUUUAAUUGUCUUAUUGUGUAUAAAGUACAAGAUUCUCUUUGACCCAAAGUUACACAGGUUACUGUCAUGUUAUUAGUAUAACUGCCUCACUGGAGUAUUUCUUCCCCACCCCCAAAAAACUACCAUUAUUAAAAAAAUAAUUUACAUGCCCAAUAGGUGGCCAUUAGACCAGUUUAGCUAACUAAUCAAUCCCAGUAUAUUAAGACCGAUUUCCUCUUUUCUGAAGACCCAUUGGUUUGCUUUCCUAUGAACUGUGGCCCCUGAUUGAAAAACACAACAGUGAGCCCAUAGCAGGUUCUGAUAUGGAGCAUGAUAGACCCUGGUAUGUUAUAUAGAUUUCUGUCUAACUCUCUGUCAUUGUUUGUGUUCUUUUGCUAUAAGAUACCUUAUUUUGUCUGCUUUUCUGCUAUCAUGUAUACAACUCCAGAUUGUUUUAGAUAUACUUCCUUCCUCCCCAUCUCCCUGGUUCUCUAAAUUAGUGUUUUCUUAACACGUCCCAGGGAUCAGGGAUUCGUGCAGCCAGCCAACAGGUCCAAAAACUCGAUUACUGGAAUUCGAAAACCAAAUAGGACACACAGAUCCCAACUGAACUCACCCACAAUGCUUUAUUUACACUUGGGACUAGCUCCUAUCCACAUUACACUACACCUAUGGUGACUCAUUCAAGCCAGUACAUAAAGCAUUGUCACGUGGGAAAUCAUACAGGCACACAAAACAAUAUUUAUAAAGGGGUAGGGAAUACAAACCCUGAGAAGAAUUGCAUCCCCUGCCUGCAUAUGUCAUAAUAUGCACUGAGGCACUGAACAUUCCCCAUAGAGAUGCAUCUCUAUGAGGUGAUGCUGAUGGGACAGCGUGGCAUUUUGUCAUAUAUAUAUAUUUAUGCACAGUAGCCUCCCAAAUUAUUUUCUUUGGUAAAGCAUUGGAUUGACUGAGAUCAUCAAAUUUGAUGCUCUAAGACAGGGGUAGGCAACCUAUGGCACGUGUGCCAUGCACGGCACUCAAGGCUGCUAGAGCCAAACAGGCUCUGGCCCAUCAGGAGUCCCAGUGAAACUUCAGAUAUCUGCAAAUACGAAAAGGUGGUGAAGGACAAUCCUCAAUUUAUGCAUUGCAGCACGUAGAAGAGGUGAUCUCAGAUCACUUUCUCCCAGCACUUGUGAAUGGGAAUCCACACUGUAGUAGAGCAGUCUGCAGCUGCUGUUGCAACUCCUGUCCUUGACCUGUAUUUGGCCGGCCUGGUCCCCACUGGAACCCAGGGAAGCCAACCACAGAUAUACACAGAGAUGCAGAAUAACCCUCCCUUCAUACACAUAAUACCAACAUCCGACACACAAACAUACACACCAUCCACACAAACUCAACACCACUAACAAUCCACAUACAUGCACACAACCCCACAUGCAGCCUCUCACAUGCAAUAUUCCAAACAGCCCCCACACAUACACACACUGUGAUCCAUACACAAUGAAACUACUCAUGAACAUAUACAAUAUAAGCGCUCAUAUUUGCACAAAUACAACAAUACAAAUCAACUGCAGUAUAAAUAACACAAGCAGAAUACAGCAAAAUGCACACCUCAAUUUAAAAAAAAUAGGACCUGCACACUAUGGGACAUCACAAUCUUAUUUCGGCACAGUGCUGCUAAAAGGUUGCCUGCCUCUGCUCUAAGACAUAAAGGCGGAGUCAGACAGGGCCAGCCGCAUCGAGACCAGAACGGCGUGGGAGAAAAGGUGAGUAAAUUCACUUUUAAACUCCAGAGAGGAGUGGGCAUGGACCUAAUGCAGCAUUCUAGCACUAUCGUGCCAGGAAUACAAGGACACUAUAGUGUCCUUUUAAGCAACUCACUUUUCUCCCAAGAAGGACAUGCCUUGGUAAAGCCCUCACAACUCAUUGCAUGUAGAAUGACUGUUGGUGAUUAAUCCUGUUACUUUAUAUCUCUUCCUGAAUCCUUUGUAUGUGCUUGCGGUUACACAAAAGUAACUUUAAAACUGGAUACUUUGUCUUCCAAAUAAUGUACCAUAUAGCCAGAUAUUGCAUUGUGACAAAAGCACAACAUACUAGCUUUACUUUGUUUACAACUGUGACGGAGCUCCUGUACUCAGACAAAGUACCUCCAUCCUGUCUGAUCCUAGCCACUUGCUGGGACCAUGGAACGAUUCAGACCCUAGUCACCGAGGCUUGACUGAGGUCCCUUUGGAUGUUUCCCACCCGACCAGGCUGUAGCUUUCCUUUUAUCUUCUCCUCUGUCUAUGCAGCUGCAGCUCUUCUUCCAGGCAGGUAUCCACCUCUGCCUGAAAUGUAAUUAUAGCUAUUGCCUUUACAAUGGUAUCUGCGGCUCUCGGGCCUAGCUCUCUUGCUUUAUCCCAGGGCUAGAGGGCUCGUGUAGCCAGCCAACCGGUCCAAAGACUCUGUCACUGGGAUCCCUAAAAAAAACAUUGUCGGAUGUCAUGUGCAAUGAAAUGUGUAAAUGUAGGAUCUUACAUUGCAUUUUUUUCUGGUUCUUGUUUUCUGGUGCAGUUAGGUAGAGCAUAAUUUGACUGGAGAUAAUUUUGUGUCUUUCAUUUUAUAGUCUUAAAGGGACACUCCAAACACCAUAACUUCAAACUAUAAGCUAUACUAUGCCUUAUAGUUAUGAUUGUGAUGCAACAAAGCUGUCUGUGAAAUUUACUUUAAGAAUUUAUAUUUCUAAGGAAUCCUUGACAAUACUACAACCAUGACUGUAUCAUUAUUUUUGGAAAUACAUAGAUACCCAUUCCGCUAAUGAAGUACCUGUUCAGUGCACUGCUUAUUACUGUGCAGGGCAGUGUCCGGAACCUGUGGUAACUGAACAGUGCGCAUGCACACAGUGCUAUCCCCCACCUAUUCUAAACAGAAGCAACAGUUCGCUGAGAUCCUAUCAAGCAGUGCUGUGUGCACUUAGAACAGAUUUUAAUGUUAACGAGGUAUUGAAAUGGCACGGAAUAAAAUUUAUUGGAUGUGCCAUUUUUUUCAAAUGCAUCAGACCUUCGUUUACCCCAUUUUCGUGAGACACCAUGCUAUUGUACAUUCUUCGAGUCCAUAUAAAGUUGAAUUUGUUGGAGGUGGCAUCUGUGAAUUAUUUAAUAUAUUACGAUCAGUCUGUAACUUUCCAUCUCAAAAAGACAGUGUAAUCCCAUUCAUUCUAUAUGAAGGUCAUUGUAGUCAAUAAACAUUGAUAUAUCCUAUGACAUCAGAGCAAUAGUUGGGAGCCCACAGCUACCCCUGCAGUUAUCUACUAGAGAUCAGCUGAGCACCUUCUCGCUGCUCUUGACCAGGGUAAUAGCAAUGCUUGUUGAGCUGUAAAAAACGCUUGAGGUAGUAGAGAUUUAUAUCAUGCAACACAUGUAAACAUUUAUAAUGUAUUGCAUGUAUAAUGUCUGCUAAAUAAUGCAGUGCUGCCUCUUUUUUUUUUUUUUUCUUACACUGCAGAGCCAUAAUUUGCUUUGCCACUUAAAGGAAAACCAUGCAUGGUUUAUUAAGACAGUUGUGUGUGUUUAAAGGAAUAUGCAGGGAUAUGAUGUCCUAUCUGUGUGUACUCCACCAGCUUGCCUUUGACACAGCAGGAGUUUAAAAAAAACAAACCAUGACAGCAGGUUUGUGGGAGACAUAUAAGGCUGUCACUGCUCACACAACACUCCACCAGCCAGCCAGGAACAUGACUGUAUGUAAUCACAAACUGCCCAUCCAGUUUACAUUGCUGGACCCAAGCCAUUCAGCCCCAGCCAGCAUUUAGCAAACAAAGAAUGAUAGAAGCUGAACUACAUAACAUAGAGGCUGUAAGUCAGAAAGUAUAAGUGAAUGUUACAUAGGCUGAAAUGAGACAAGCGUCAAUCAGGUUCAACCUUUAUCACAUCUGUUUGUGCUGUUGAUCCAAAAGAACAGUUUGGAGCUCUUUCCAGUUUUGCAACAAACUAGGAAAAAAAUCCUUAUUGACCCUAGAAUGGUUUUAACCCCUUCAGCCCAGCGGGAGGGGAGCCCUGACGUUGGUGGGGAACUAAUGACCCUAUAGUGCCUGGAAAACAUGUUUGUUUUCCUGGCACUAUAGUGGUCCUUUAAGUUUGCUUUUAUGUGUGAGGAGUGUGAUUUAUAUAUAUAUAUUUUAAAAAUAUAUAUAUUUAUUUUUUCAUUUACAUUUUUUUUUUCUUUUUCCGAAAAGUACAGAUUUCAAUAGAAAUUGACACUUUUAUAAAUUAACCUGGUUACACCCCACUGGCUUUUAAGCAGACAUCAGCUAAUGUUUCUUCCUGGUUCCGUUCGCUCAGUGCAACUGACCUCAAGAGGCAGCAAUUGCCCAGAGCACCUAGCUUACAAAGACUUCUCAUUAACCUCCCAUUACUGCAUUGGCCAUCCACAGAAAGUCUGGGCGGGGUUAGAAGGGGAGCACUUACAAAGGCAGCAGACAAGCAGGUUUUGCAAGCUGAUUUUAGAUAUAACCCUAUUGGAAAAAAUACAUAAUUAACUGCAUACAAGUUUUCAUUUGAAAGUAUAUCUACUUAACAGUGAAUUUUAUUUAUUUUGUGUUUGGACAGUGGAGUGUCCCUGUACUCCAAGGAUAAGCAUUUUCAUCUAGACCAAUUUCUUUUAGUUUGAACACUAACCUAUUGUCAUGUAUUCAUACGAACAUAAAAAUGUGGUUAAUGCCAUUUACUGUCCUGACAGGAAAAGUUGUGCCGAGCAGCAAUCCAAUCCACGGGAGGGUUUGUGCUGAGCAGCAAUCAUGCAAAUGGAAACCUGGUAAUUGCCUUUGGGGUCAAAGGCCGGUUACAGCCAAUCAGAUCCACAGGAGGGUUAUUUAGGCCCAGUUUUCCACUUGCUUAGUGCCCUGUCGUGGUUUCAUGCCUAUGGUUAUCCGAAUGCUUUCCUGAUCUUGAUUUUCUAGUAUUUGACUUUGGCUUUGUUUUGACUUCCCUGAUAUCUGGUAUCUUUGACUUUUGGCUUUCCCUCAUCUUUGUGUCUGAUUCUGUGUCCCUGACCUCUGCUAGUAUUUUGACUUUUCUUGGAGACGUUAAGUCCGGCCAUUUUAAGGUCCAGUUAUACGUUAUCCUUAGUCCUAGGUGUGACAAAGUACUGCGUGUUGGAUCAACUUGUAAUCCUGAUGCCUAUAGUGUGAAACUUUAUCAAAUGCCUUUGUAAAAUCCAAGUAGAUCACAUCCACUGCAAUAUGAUCUAUACUUCUACUUACGUCUUCAUAGAAUGUAAUUAGGUUAGAUUGACAUAACCUAUGUUUCAUAAAACCAUGCAGAUUUUUUUUUUUUUUUGCUGAUAAUGUUCUUCCCAAUGAAAUCCUGGAUAUUAUCCCUUAAUAACCCUUCAAAUACAUUCCCAGCCACAGAAGCGAAGAUCACAGAUCUCCAAUCCUCCGGUACAAUUACUAAUGGCUAUUUUUAUCCCGCAUAUUUGGCGUCCUAAUGACCUCUAUUAGGGAACAGUAGGCUGCUGUGAUGUAGGCAACUUCCCAUACAUUUAAUCAGAUUUUUGGGACAUUGCCCAAAAAUCUGAUUAGUUUUUUUUUUUUUUUUAAAUAUAUUUUUCCAAGCAACAGCAGAGGGAAAUAACAAGGGGAAAUUAAGUACUAAUAUUUAAAGGGACAUAACACAUUUUAUCACACACGCAUAAUAAAGAUGUUCGCUUACAAAAAAAGUAAGCCAAACAAAAAAAAAUUGUAUAGUUUUAUUUUUAUUCUAUAUAUUAUUACAGUCAAUCUGGAUAAUGCAGUGUGUACUGGAACAAUCUUUUUAUUCCCUCCCCACGCCCCAGUGAAAUCCCAACAGUGAUUUUACAUAUAGAGCAUAUAAAGAAGUUAGGAAAGGCUAGGAAAGAGGAGCUGCAUGUUAAUAUAUUACAUUUGCUAUGGUAAAAUGUGCUUUACAUUGUACUAAAGCAACAUGCCUUCUAAAAUAACCAUUUCUGCAUUUCUUUUGUCCAGGUGUAUUUUGGCCGUUGGUUGAUAGAAGGUAGUCCCUACGUGAUCCUCAUCGAUAUUGCAGCGACAGCCUGGAGCCUUGACCGCUGGAAAACGGAGUUGUGGGAUAGCUGCGCCAUUGGAAUUCCGUGGUAUGAUCGUGAAGCCAAUGAUGCUGUCCUCUUUGGUUUUCUUACAGCCUGGUUCCUUGGUGAGGUAUGUACUUGGUAUGCCACUGUGCACGCCAAAGUUAUUAAGUUGUUUUCAAUGCUUAAAAAUAACUUAAAAAAAAAAAAAAAAAUUUAAUUUUUUUGUUUAAAUACACAAAAAUAAGUCCUGCGCUCAAACUCCCAGGACUCCUGGGCGGCAGCAAUGACCAUAGCACACAUCAGUCUCAAUACAUAGAAUAAAAAUCAAAUGGAAAAAAGUUACCUGUGCACUAUUCCAAAUCCCUGUGCAUAUUUAUAUAAAUGGAGGUUUUUAGUUCCACUCCAAUGGCCAUUUGAUGUGAGCCCAUCUGCCACAUAUUUUUUUUUUUUAAUGUUUUGUGUAAGACAAACAAUAAGGAUACAUAGUGGUCAAACUGUUUGAGUACAUAAUGCGGGCACGCAGGACCGCUGCAGUGAUUAAUCUGUUUCUCACAUAUAUAAUACCUUAUAAUCUUUGCUUUCCCCAUAUCCCGAUUUGCAAACCUAAGGUAAACCCCAGCAACCGAAUCAGUAUAUCUUGGCGUCAAUCAUGCCACUUCUGCGGUGAAUGAUGCAUGUAUAGUCCACCCUGUCCCCUGCUGUGAUAAACAGGUUGACCAUUGACUGUUAUACCCAGUUUAAAAUGACAUAACAUAUUAACACCGACUGUGAAAGGAAAAGGGAGUCAGUAAAUGGUAGUGUACUUGUAAGACAUCCUGUAAAAGGUCCACCAUGAGACCCUUUAACUUAAAUUACAUUUGGAAUUAGAAAUGACGAAGUGCCCUGACCAAAAGAACACAAGAUAAAGUGAUUAAAACUUCACUUUUAUUUUUGUCUGUUAAAAAAUGUCUGUUUACUACUGUAUCAAAUAAAUGACGAACACUAUUGGUAAUGAAUAGGUACCAAAAGUAAAUAAAAAAUGUUAACAAAAUAGGUGUAUACACCAUAAAUUGGGGUGCAAAAGAGGUAUAUACAGUUUGUAAGGAAGGAAAAAUUAGAACUAAAAUAUAUAUAUAUUUGUGAGACAGGACCCAAAUUUCCAAAUAAAGCCUUGUUGUCAAAUGUCCUCAAGAAAUCAUGGUUCUGAAUCACUCUGGUGUUAAUUAUUACUUGGGAUGCACAAUAGAUAUCUCUCUGAGUUAAAGGACCACUAUAGGCACCCAGACCACUUCAGCUUAAUGAAGUGGUCUGGGUGCCUUGUCCAGCUAGGGUUAACCCUUUUUAUUUUAUAAACAUAGCAGUUUCAGUGAAACUGCUAUGUUUACACUGAGGGUUAAUCCAGCCUCUAGAGCCUCUAGUGGCUGUCUCAUUGACAGCCGCUAGAGGCGCUUGCAUGCUUCUCACUGUGAAAAUCACAGUGAGAAGACGCCAGCGUCCAUAGGAAAGCAUUGUAAAUGCUUUCCUAUAAACUGGCUGCGCGCACGACUCCUGCCGCGCAUGCGCAUUCAGCCAAUGAUGUCGCUAGGAAGGAGGAGGAGGAAAGCUCCCCACCCGGCGCUGAAGAAAGGUAAGAUUUUAACCCCUUCCUCUCUCCAGAGCCUGGCGGGAGGGGGACCCUGAGGGUGGGGGCACCCUCAGGGCCUUAUAGUGCCAGGAAAACGAGUAUGUUUUCCUGGCACUAUAGUGGUCCUUUAAGCAGUGCAAUGUAUAUAAAACACUGACACAAGGAGUUUCUACUGUUAUCCUCUAAAGAGCAACAAUGUAGCUGAGGAGAUUGAGCCAAAAAGAGGGAACCUCAACAAAGUAGCGCUCUGAACAAUCAUGGUUCACCUCAAGUUACACACCAAACCAAUAAAAAACAAUCUUGUAUUGUAUAGAAACUACUACAAAACUAGAGAAUACUGCUCGGUGAAAAAUCUGCUUAGUGAAAAUUCUAUACUGUGCCUUCGAGGGCAUCUGUGCUUGUGGAGAAAGCAAAAAGCUAACUGUUAAUAAAGUAAGCCGGUUUCAAUUGAUCUAGUUGUACCUGGACUAAAAUUAGCUACUGUCUUCGAUACAUCUUAAUGAAAGUCGGUAAGUACAAAGAUAAGUCCAGCCCCAGGUUACAAGUAAACCUCUCAUGAGCAAUAGAAACAGUAGGUCAUCAAAUAGCGAGUCCCUCGUAUAGGAAUCAUAUAGGCUUAUAUUGGCCCUUAACCUUUUUGUCCACCGCUCUCCUGACCUCUCCUCUGCCCAGAUCUUCAGGUGUUUCAAUGAAGCUGGCAGUGUCCCGGAUGCUUUGUGAUGAACUGACUAUUAAGACUGUUAGGAAGAGGUCCCCUAUUUCUUUUCCCAGUUAACUGAACACAAUAGGUUUCCCCUUAGUUUGGUAUUCUCAUUUGACCGAACACUGACCACCCCCCUGGCUCGUUAACUUCAAAAGAAACACUUAACUCCAUUGCUCUCUCUAGGUGGCCGCCAUUCGUAUAACUGAAAACACGCUAGGAAAUAGCGGCUAUUUUGUCUCCUGAAUGCAGGCAGCGGUACUUGGUCGUUGAGUGCAUGGAACUCUAGCUCGGAUACUAGAUCCUAAUGAUGAAACGUUAGUACAAACUGGAACUAAGACAUGUAUCUACAUGUAUUAGAAACGAGAGACCGCUAUAUCUCAGUGAGGUUGGAAUAGCAGGGUGACAACCACCACAUCAUGCUGAGGCUUGACCAUCAUCCCUGACAGAAUAGGAUUUCAGACAUAUCACAGCAUAACAGGGCAAAGUUAUCUGAUAGCAGACGAAAAAAUAGAAAAUACAAUCUGCCAUGGUGGACAUUGCCAGUUAGUGCAGGCUAUUGUAUCAGCAAGGUAAGUGAAUUCAGCCUAUUCCUCGGCUUGAAAGAUGUGUUGUUUCAGACCAUGAUAGCCUUGUAGCAUGUUAAGUGCCAAGGAAAAUAGAGAUGCAGAUGAUAUUUAAAAGAAAAGCAGAAUUUAACACCCUUCUGCAGUUCUCUCCCUUAACUUUCAUGUUUUGUGCUUCCUUUCUCUAACUCAGUUUGCUGCACAGUGUGAAGAUGAGAAGCCAUUUAUUCUUGCCCACUUCCACGAAUGGCUCGCUGGCGUGGGCUUAUGUCUGUGCCGAGUCCGCAAGCUCCCUGUCGCCACUAUAUUCACAACACAUGCCACACUUUUGGGCCGGUAUCUGUGUGCUGGAAGCGUAGACUUCUACAAUAAUCUCCAAACGGUGAGUUAUCCAGACUAACUUGUAUUCAUUUCUUAAGGGAUUUCAGUCUCAAUACAUUUUCAACAUUUAAACAUUUCAAGAUUUGGUACCAUAUUUAUUGUGUAUCUUUAGAGUUUAACUUUUGUAAGUUUUUUUUUAAGUAUUACAUUGUUUUUAUUGUUAUUUACACUUCACACAGACACCGUUUUAUUGCAGUCUAUAACUUUUUCAGUGGAACUGAGAGUCAUUUGGAAGCUACUAACUAUUUAUUUUUAAAAUACACCAUCGAUUGGCUUACUUAUAGCCUAAAAAUGCAAUAUAUGCUGUACUGUCUACCCAAAGAACUAGCUGCAUCAUGUUUAGAGGACAUUCUACUUUAUGAUAAAAAAUGGUGAAACGGUGGCUUUCCAAGACACCUUAAACACAUGGACUUCAGUGCAUAAUACGUUAAAUGCAUCCUUUAGGUGUUUGUGGUUUACUUUAUUGUUUAUAAACUUUGGCAUUGAGAUUAGUAAUUUUACUUGUAAAUAUGUUGUAUAUGGUGGUACAAAAAGAUUAGGAGACACUAUAUAUCAUUCAAAAGAGACAUGCAAGGCAAAAUAUGUGCUAAAAGGAUCAUGAAAAAAUUAAUUUUGACUUUAUUAAUUUAUGAUGCUAUAUUCCACCGACCAUUUGUUUAGUUCCAUCCUGUUGUCUCCCCAUCUCAUUCUGGAAAUAUUGAGACCCUUCUUGACUGUAAGAUUUCUGUGGAAAGAUUAAUGGAAAGUGUACUCCACUCCUUUAUAAUUUUAUUGAUCAUAAGGAUUGGAUGAUCUUUUUGAGGAAGAUCUAAGUUAGAAAAAUGUACACAAAUACUGUUCUCCCGUGUCCACUACAUUUUUUUGUCGACAAAAAUUAUUUUAAGUAAGGCUUAUUGUCAUUUCCUACAAGCCACUAUGCUUUUAUUCACUCAAGUACUUGAUAUUGAACAUUUAAAGGUAGUCCACAAAGGAUUUUUUAAAAAUUAAUAUUUAGAUAAGAUAUUCACAUUUGCAGUUCAAGUAUUUGUUGCAAAUCCCUUGCCUUUUCUGCUUCUGCACUGUGCUCGGACCAGGAAGUGACUUAGCUGAGUUCUGAGCUUAUCCCACACGGCAGUGCUUAAUGGACACAGCAAGUGAUUUUGGGAGUUGUGGUUCGGUUGUCAUAUUUGCACUGUGGAAAUGUAAAAGUUGAGCUACAAAAACUCAGAAAUUCCAUCACAUAUAGCAUUAUUACCAGAGUAAGAGCAACAGUGUAGUUUUGGUUUGAGGAUCAGAAAUGUCAGGCUUUUAGAACAAACAAAAAUGUUGUUUUAUAAAAAAUAAUUUCAAUAAAUAAUUUUACACAUUGCACUUAAUAUUCAUUAUUUGCAAGGAUGCAUCCUGGGUGUCACUAGGGCUUCCACCUUCUCUCCCAUGCACUACAGGGCAUGCGCUAUAGAGGGGGCUCCAUUGCUAGUGGGGGGAUCAAAGGUCUCCCUCACUGACCAAGUCAUCUUGAUGGAGGGAGAACCUGGGCUGAACCUCUUGCGGGCUUAUCUCUUUAAAUUUUUUUGCCCUAUAUUUUCAUUCCCUAUCCCACUCCCUUGUGGCCCCUAUCCACCACACAUGCUGUACUAGUAGGCUUGGCUCACAACUGGUUUUCCGUUCAUCUUAAAAGUGUAUGAUUGUCUAGGCUGGAAAAAAAAAAAAGACUUGGGUCCAUCAAGCAUUCUAUUAUACUGUUGAUCCGAAAGAAGGCAAAAAAAAAAAAAAGAUUUCUCCUUGGAUCAACAACCUGUUUACAUACAUAUCAAUUAUAUCCAUGAAUAUUCUGUUUAUGCAAAAAGGCAUCCAAGCCUUCUUUAGUUAUUUUAUAUAUAUUUUUUAAUAUCUAUAGAAUCUGAUAAGACAACCUCUUUAGGCAGAUAAUUCCACAUCUUUAUUGUUCUUACUGUGAAGAACCUUUUCAUUUGCUGUGUUCAUUGGAGUUGAGGUCAUGGCUAUGUGCAGAACACUGUAAUUUCUCCACCAAUUUCACCCAACCAUGUCGUUAUGGACCUUGCUUUGUGCACAUGGUUGCAGUCAUGCUGGAACAAGACAGGGCCUCCCAGACUGUUUCCACAGUUGGAAGCACCCAGUUGUCUUAAUUAAAUGUAUUUGCAUCAUGUAACAUUAAGAUGGCCCUUCACUGGAACAAAGGAGCCUAGUCCAAACCCUGAAAUACUUCCCCAGACAAUUAUCCAUCCUCCACCAAAAUUUGCAGUAGGCACUACAAGGAAGGUAGGUAACGUUCUCCUGGAAUGCACCACACACAGAUUCUUUAUCAGACUGCCAGAUAGGGAAGCAUAUUUCAUCACUCCAGAGAGCAGGUUUCCACUGCUUCAGAAUCCAGUAUCAGCAAGCUUUAUGCCACUUCAUCCAGUGAUUGGCAUUGCCUAAGUUCUUGUGCUGAUGUUGCAUAUAGAGGAAGUGCUGUCUGUAGUGAGUGAUCAAGAAUAGCAGUCAAACUGACAAAACUGGGAUCAGGUAUUGAGAGCCAGCAGAAGAAAGAAAAAAAAAUGCCCCAUAUGCCUUUACAUACAUUUAUAUUAAGAUGCAGGGAGCAUAAGAAAAAAGGUCAGUGCCACAUUAACAUGACAAACAAAAUGGCAGGCAUCAGAUGCAUUUUUGAAUGUUUGUUUAUUGGAGAUAUUCUGUUGACAGUUCAACGUAGAUAAGGAAGCAGGAGACCGCCAAAUUUACCACCGGUACUGUAUGGAGCGAGCAGCUGUCCAGUGCAGUCAUGUAUUCACCACGGUUUCACAGAUUACUGCAAUAGAGGCAGAGCAUCUACUGAAACGCAAGCCAGGUAAGGAGCAGGAUUGCAGAUAUUAAGUUAAAAAUCUCAACCUGUCGCAAAGCAUGCUUUUUGUAAAAAUUCAGUAUGUCGCCUACCAUUUUUCUGUGCUCCGUGUUGGGAGGUGGGGUCAUGUAUAAAAACUCUGUUUUGACCCACAAUUCUUAAAAUGGAGCCAUCGGCGUGGAAACCAUUGGAGUGUUCCUGCUGAUUCACUAUUAAAAAAUAAAUGUAUAUUUUCAAGUCUCGCUUCUCUACUUAACCCCUUAAGGACACAUGACAUGUGUGACAUGUCAUGAUUCCCUUUUAUUCCAGAAGUUUGGUCCUUAAGGGGUUAAACCACAUUUCUUAGCCAAAUAAAUAUGGGAACUUAAUCAUGGCUAUACUGUGUCAAGAUCUCAGUAUACAUCAAACUAAUUCUAUUCUAGUUUAGAGGGUUAAUCCAAACACCAUAACCACUACUGUUUAUGAUGCCAGGGGUACAAAGACCCCAUUAAUGGGUCAAAUGGUUUUGCCUGGUUCUCCGACAGUCUACAAGGGUCCUCUCUUGCUGGCUGUGACAUGCAGCCAGCUUCUAAUGAUGCCCCAGUGACGCUGCUGGAGAUGGACUUACACCCCUGGCAUCAAAAGGGUUAAAUUAUGUAUGUGCAGUGUUUCCAUGCUAAACAGCAGCACCUAGACUCCAGGCACCAUGACCACUUCAAAUCACUGAAGUUGUCAUGGUGCUUGGAUUAACCCUUUGAAUAUACUAACUGCACUAUGUGCUGCUUAAAACGUUUUCUCAAGCAUAUGCUUCACUGUAGGCCCAUCUGAUAGGGCCCCUGGGCGUGGAGGGUACAGUGUUCAGCUCAAGGAAUCUUGGCAAGACUCCAAGCAAACAGAUUUUGUUGCUUGAGACGGGUGAUCUUGUAAGAUGUGAAACUGCAUAAUACAGUGUAUCGCUUCACAGUAUAUGUUCCAUUGCCUGUGUUGAUCUUUUCUUCUUUAUUUUUAACUUUCAAACCUAGCUUUAUGUGUUUAUGUAUUAAUAUCCUGUCUUUUUUUUUUUUUUCUAUACGUUCUUAUUUAUAUAUUUUGGCCUGGUCGACCUGCUGGAAUACAGAUGUUGUAACCCCAAACGGUUUAAACGUGAAGAAGUUUUCUGCCAUGCACGAGUUUCAGAAUUUGCACGCGCAGAGUAAAAACCGCAUUCAAGAGUUUAUAAGAGGUCACUUUUACGGGUGAGGUUUUUUUGUUUUAAUUCUUUUAUUAUAGCACUGCCACCCGAAUAGCGAAUGGAAAAAUAUACCAUUUUUUUUAUUUGAUUGUUUGUUCCUGGUCUUGUUAAAUGUAAUCACAAUAUCGGAUUUUAUCUUUUUAAUAUUUGUAUUACUGGAUUUUUUUGUUUUUGUUAACGUGCACAUUUCAAAUCACCCUACUUUAAUUUUCACAUAUGUAUUAUGCUCAUUUCUUUCAGGCAUUUGGAUUUUAAUUUAGAUAAGACUCUGUUUUUCUUCAUCGCUGGGCGCUAUGAAUUUUCAAACAAAGGAGCGGAUAUUUUCCUGGAGGCGUUAGCCAGACUCAACUACCUUCUCAGAGUAAGGGGACUGGGAGUAAACAAGAAUUUCAUACUAUAUUGAAUACCUGUGGAGGGUGGAGGUUGGGAGGGGUUUGAAACUUUUGGAAUGGCAUUGAUGUCUCUGAACCUUCAUUACAAGUGAUGAAAUCCUCUCCCAGGUCAAUCAGAGCGACACUACAAUUGUGGCAUUUUUCAUCAUGCCAGCAAGGACCAAUAACUUCAACGUAGAAACGCUGAAAGGUCAGGCAGUGAGGAAACAACUGUGGUGAGUAUAGCAGUGUCUCUGCUUUGGUGUAAAAUGAAUUCGAAAAUAACAUUUAGCAAAGGUUAUGUUUAGUGUUUAGCAAUGGCUAUGCAGGGGAACCAGAAAACACUGAUGUCCUGUUGGUGAGGAUUUUAAAGAAUAUCAUCACCAAGAACGGUCUAUCCAAUCCUAUUUGUUUUAAGCCCACUUUGUGAAAGGGUUGCUCCAACCUACUAAAGGUGUUCUAAUAAAACACGGUCUUUGGUUGGAGUAUCCCUUACUGGCAUGGUUUCACUAAGAAAGAAAAUAUAAAAACUCUUUGAUUUAGCAAAGAGGCCAGAUUCUCUCUGAAACCCUUCCUCGUCUGGUGACAGCAUACCCCCUUCACUGCCAUUGGUCGUUGGCCGCCAGCUCGCAUGUUGCGUUUUUUUUUGUUUUCAUUUUGUUUUUAAAUACUACUUAAAAAGCAUGUGGCAUAAAAUUAACUUGCAGCUUGCACCUUAAGUGUCGAACUCUGAUGGUUUUUAUCUUUUCAAAAUGCUUGGGCUAAAUAAUAUACUUGUUACGCCACCUAGUGGUAGCGUCCAGUUCAACUACAUAAUAGAACAUAGGCAAAACUACCAUUCCCAUUCUUAAUGCACAUUCCUUUUACAAAACACAGCUGUUAUCUAGCAAUUUUUAGUUUGUUGAUAUUUGAUAAUCUGCCGUACUUGUUCUUAUCAUUGUCCUACAUUUCAAAAGCAUGCUUCUAUUUAUUCACACCACCCCCUUACGCCAAAAUAACUGUGUGUCUUUUAAGCUCUGCACUAGUUUUAAAACCAAUAGCAUUUCUCAAAAUUUGAAUAACUGAACUGACUAGGAAUGAGAAAUCCAGUGACUGCUAGUAUUUUGAGUUUAUUAAGGUGCACCAAAUAUUUUAUAUAUUUAGAAAUGAAUUGUGGAAACAAUUUUUCAAUCAAACUACAGAAUGGUUUAUGUCCACCUGUGUGAACAUGAACCAUUCUGUACCAUUCUUAAAUAAGAAAACCUUGUGUGCAUGCAUAUACCGUGCCUUUAAUUCUUACUUUUCUUGUGUUAUCAAGAAAGCAGAUCUGCUCCUACUAAUGUAUAAACAUGGGUGUUUUUUCCUUCUUUAUUCAGGGAUACAGCCAAUUCGGUAAAAGAAAAGUUUGGAAAGAAGUUGUAUGAGUCAUUACUUGUGUAAGCGUUUUGAUAGUUUUGUUAAACUGUAUAAAGUUAAACUGUCUAUUUUGCAAGCCGCUGGAUUAGUUUCCCAUUGGGAGGCCUAUCUUCUGUCAAUGUUCCUCAGCAGCUGUAAAUCUGUGAUGAUUAAAAAUUUUGGCUACAUCUAAUUGGUUUCAAAAAAAGCUAUUCUGAAUCUGUAUUCAGUAGAUUAUAAUUCAGAUUUUAAAAGUAGCACUCCCCUGAAUGCUAACCUUGCUGGAAGCACCCCAUUAACGUGACUUGCAUUAUCAGCCCUUCCCACUGAUUUGUUUCAUGGUUUUGGUUGCUAUGUCAUAGCAACUACAUGGAGUAAGAAAAGGGAGAUCAGCUCAGGACAAGUUGGUUUUCUCCAGAAAGUUAAAAUGCAUUCAGGCAUAGAGAAGAAUUUUGCAAGAAUUUUCCUGGCCAGCUAUCCUAAACCUCUUGCACUUCUUUGCUAUACAAAAAGUGACUGUAGUUAUGAGCCCAAAAAUAUCUUGGUCCAGGUUUAUAUUGGACCACACCGUAAAAAUUACCAAAGUGGGUGCCACACGUUGCUUGCUGAGUAGUCUUUAAAUUCAGCUGGGUGCCUCUGCCAAUCGCUGAUUCAUAGCAAUGACGAGUACUUCCAACACUCCACUAGACACCAUCAACACCGUAAUCACCACUUCCAGCGUUACAGCUUGGCUGGGAACUCACUGUCCUCCACUUACCCUGGACCAAGGACCACGAUCCAGCUUCCAGUGGGUGAAUCUCUCCUACUCCAGAGAGUGUAGCAGGAAAAGCUCUUACAAGAGGACGUGAUGGAAGCACCUGCAACAACAUUACUCAAACCAAUGACAUUGGCCCCCAGGUCCAGGACACUCCCAUACAUAACAAUGAAAUCCCUCCCCUAUGCCUGGGAGAUGAUGGAGUCAGAUACUUACUCAAUUAUCUCCAGGCACAAAAAACACAAUUUUCCACAACACCCUGAAAGUACCCAAAACACAUGGAAACCCCAUGAAAGUUACAUCCCCUGCUAGCACUGAUUCAUGAAUUUCCUGGAAGUCAAAGUCUGAACAAUCGCACGCAUGGUCCCAUGCCCAAAACAGUUCCAUAGAGUCGCGUCUAUAUGUGCUGUUGGGGACCAACCAGAAAUCGCGAAGUCUUCAUGCCGAAAAUAGUUCCAGGGUAUUCGCAGCUAAGUCCCCCUGAAGUCUAUUCACAGUUUUGGUCCAUGCAAACAGCUGCCAGGGAGCUAGCGUUCGGUUCUAUGUGCACAAAUGGAAAGUGCUGAACCAGGGGGAAUAAAAUGUGUUUUUACAGUCGCUGACCAGGCCCAUAGUCUUUUGGCGGGAUACUGGCAAGCAGGCCCCUCCAAAAGCCCUCACCACACCCUUCUGUCCGGUAUUUAAUAUUUAUAUUAUAAACUUCCAUUUUAGUAUGCACCUUACUUACCUACUUUAAGCUUGGUGUAUCUUAAUUAUUGUAUUGUGGUUUUGGAAGCCAGGAUGGAGGUGGGGGUUACCAUGUGACUCCCUGGAUUGAGCCUCUUUGCACUAAACAUUGGUAUUACGGAGUCAAGUUAAAGAAUUUUACUAACUCAUGGUGUUACCAUGUAUAUCUAAAUUGAUGGUGACUGCUAAUUUCUAGUCCCACAAUGGAAGUGACACAAUCCCAAAUUCUGCAUAGCUCACUAUGCAUGUACUAUUCUGAGACUGACCUACAUAGAAUUGUUGUAAUCAUUAUCCCACUGCACCAGUAUAGCAGUAGCAUUAACGGACCAGUGUUUUUUGCGCACUUUGAAUAAUCCAGUAUUGGAGAUGCAUCUUUCAGUAAUUACUUGGAAAUAUUUUGGGCAUAGCUUCCAAAUAUGUAAUUUGUCUUGCGUGGAAAUUUUAUAGAUUACUGUAUAAAUUAAGCAGUUGUUUUUUCACUGCAAUGUUGAUAUUUUUCAUUGCAGAGGAAACCUACCAGAUAUGAAUAAGAUGCUUGAUAAAGAAGAUUUCACUAUGAUGAAAAGAGCCAUUUUUGCCACACAGGUAAGAUGUCAUUUAGAUCUAUACUGACCUAUGUGGAGAUGUAUAGCAGAACACUAAACAUAAACCACAGUGCUAGUUGCCAUGUAGAUCUGUUGUAGGCAACCAAUGAGCUUCUUACUGUCCUUGUAUACCUCCCAAAAGUCCCUCUUUUUGAGUGUGGACAGAGAUUCUUUUGGUCACAUCUCCCUUUUUACCUUAUUUUAUAUCCUAGUGUUUCUUCCUUUCUAUUGCAGUGUAUAUCUUUUUCUAGAAUUUUAGGUGUAUUUCACGUUGGCAGUCAAAUUAAAAUAUCGAAUGGGUUUCCAUAGUAUAUCAAAUGUGUUUUAGGGCAAACCUAGAAAGUCUCACAUAGCAAGCUUACUAUCAAGUGAGAUUUAAAACUCUUUUAAUUGUGCCCAUUUUUUUCCCACAAUGGCAGGUCUCUUAUAUAAAAGAGAAGAAGAAUGUGGACAAGAGCAAAAACAUGUACGCAUAUAGUAUAUGUUAAUCUAAAUCCUUCUUUAAUAUCGUCAAGCCUACAGGUUGCAGUUAAGAUUAGAUUUUACAAUAUCGUCCCUCUAAAUAGAAACACUAAAACAGAUUCACAGAAUUUAUAGAGAACCUAUAAAAGAAAAUUAGACUUACAAGAUACUGAAAUUAAAUAUAUAAACAAAUCAAAUGGCCUUGAACUAUAUUAUUUUUAGCUACAUAGGCAGGGUUUGAUAUCAAUGAAAAUAUUUUGGACAACCAAAAAGUUCCCCUCGUAGGCUGCUGAAAAUCUUGGCAUGUAUGUAAUGGACUAGAAUUAUCGGCAUAUGAAAUUCAGUUACAUGACAUGGUCUCACUGGGAUUUUUUUGCCUGCCUGCCAGCCACUUUAUCUAUGUAAAAUACAGAUAGGUGCUGGCAAGAUCACAACUGUUCUCUUUUUCCACAGAGACACUCGUUUCCACCUAUAUGUACCCACAACAUGCUGGAUGAUUCCACAGACUCCAUCUUGAACACUAUUAGGAGAAUCGGACUCUUCAACAGCAGUGCUGACCGUGUGAAGGUGAGAACGAGAAUGUUUGCCUUGGAUCCACUUCAGAUGUUGGUUAUCAUGGCAGACAUGUUGCAGGCACUUCCAUAUGAUUCACGUGUUUUGCAUUGGCACACCUGAUACCAUUUUGUGCACUGAAAUGUGCUUCAAGCUCUGUUGCAAGUAGACAUUCCUUGGUGGAGUUACCUCCUAAUUUAUUGGGAGACUUACUCAGCAUGCACUUACAUGAAUGAGGAAGGAAUGCACACGGUGGCCCUUAACAGAAUCGAAUUUGCUUGAAAUUGAAAGUUUCAUGCACAUCAAUAGAAGUUGCUACCAGCUUGACCUUCCCCAGCUCCUUCUUUCACUCCUCCUAAAGUUAAUGAGAAACCGUUAUUGCUGUAUUGCAUGGGGAUAGCUGUCUCAUUCACUGGUCAAAUUUGAAGCAAAGCUGUCACCACACAGUAUCAAAUUAGAAUGUAAUUAUAGGUUGUGCUUUUUAUUUAAGUUUUUUUGACCCCCGCUGUAAUGUCUGCACAGGUGCAUGCGUAUGUAUGGUAGUAUUGAGUAGGUGCUCAAUGUACAUAGAAGUGCCACAGAGAUGAGUGGGCGCUGCCACCACAGUAAAUGUUUGGAUUGUGUUUACUGGGUUAUGGGAACAUUCUAUUCACUUGACUGCAAAGGUUCUUCUACAAAUAGCUGUAGGUUUCCUUCUAGUUGUGUCGUCACCUCCUGUUGAAAAUGGGAGGAAAAAUAGGCAACAUCUUAUGGUGCAAUUAAUCUUAAACACAUAAGGAAGCUUACAGGUUUGUAAUAAAAUAUUUUACCCAGAAAUUCUUUGCUGGUACUGAUAGAACAGAUGCCGUAAUCAAAUUCAAGAUACAAUUUAGCAAUGGCAAUGACCUGUUAGUUUUCUAAUGCCUUUUUUGCCGUUCUACUAAUUUGUUUUCGGAGCUUAGAGACAUAUGCCUUUUCUCUACUUGUUGUCUUAGAUAAUGGUUCUGGUAUAUAUGUGAUGUACAUUAGUUAGAUUUGGAACAUAGGUUGCUGUUCAAGCAAGUAUUCUUUCAUGUUCUAAUCCCAGCAACCCACUGUCUAAUUAUUAAAUACAGGCACUCCUCACUUACCGACCGGGUUCCGUUCCUACGACCCGGUUGUAGAACAAAUUGCUCGGUAAGUGAGGUGUUAAGGGAUUUCCUGCUCUGGUACACUUGCCUAUGUUCCCUGAACAUAGACUAACGCACCAGAGCAGGUAAUCUCUCUAAUCUAUGUUCAUGGAAAUUUCCCUGCUCUCGUGAUGUUUCCCCAAACAUAGACAUGCGCACCAGAGCAGGGAUUCCCCACGACGGCUCACACUUAUGCCUGGUCGUAAAACAGGUAGGUCACCUUCACUGGUUUUAACACAGGUGUGUUUUGUUUUGUUUUAAGGUUCUUUGGACCCUUUUUACCAGUUCAUGUGGGAAUGUAUGUCAACAUGUCCUUCUGCAAGGGGGAAAAAAACAUGAUGAUUCCAUACAUUGAAAUUUUUAGAUCUGUUUUUCAUUUUUUGGUUCCCUGACUAUACAGAUCCACUAACUACUCCUGAGUAUUUUGCACCUAUAGGGAGCUAAAUUACCAUUUUAAAGUAUGUGGCCUGUGUAGCUCUGCCUGAUUCGCGAUAGGACUUUAAUUCUAGGCUUCUUUGCAUGCUUACUGUUAAAUCAAUUAUUUUUACGGAGAAUUCACAAAUUAAAUAGUUCUAAAUGUGUUCUGCAUGCGAUACUUACUACUUUAUCAUCAUUCCUUCAAUACUUUAUCUUACUGGUGUGGUCUGGUGAAUAGUCCAGAAAUACGUUGAAACAAAAUGUCAAGGUCUACUGUAAAUCAUCAGUCAAUCCACAUCAGUGUUACAGCACCUUUUAACUGUUCUAUUAACACUAUUAACAUAACUUACUUUCUGUCUCGUCCGUAUUUACAUUUCUCUGUUUUCUCUCAUAGGUAAUCUUCCAUCCAGAGUUUCUUUCCUCUACAAGCCCACUUUUACCAGUGGAUUAUGAGGAGUUUGUUCGUGGAUGCCACUUGGGGGUCUUCCCUUCUUACUAUGAACCCUGGGGUUAUACGCCUGGUAAGAGCGGGUUAACCAGCAUUUACCUUUUUUUUUUUUUUUUAAUACUUCCAUGCAUAUAGAAAAUUAGAACUUUCAGGGUCAAACUGAAAUGCCCCAAAAUGCAUGGUCUGUGAAAGGACAUUAAGUGGACUAUCAAAUAAUGAUCGAUAACAUUCAUCUUUCAUUACAAACUAGUGUAAAUUUAUCUAGAACUAAAAUGUGGACAAACCUGAAUAUAGCAUUUACUUUUAUUUUCUAUAAUGCGUCACUCUGCAAACCAUCACAACUUUGAAUAAUUGCAAUGGUGAUGUUGCGUAGAGCAUCUGAAAUAGUCUCCACUCUGAGAGCUGCUUACAAUUGAAGAGUAUAUUAAAAAAAAAAUCAAAAAAAAAUCUCAGCAGUUUGAGGCCUGCCUCUUAGGGCUGUUAGGAGGGAAGUCCAGAGCGAGAGUUGCAGGUUGCCUACGCUAAUUUUUUUUUUUUUCUUCAAUUUUCACAUGUGGUGCAAGUAAUUCUGCACUUCCUGCAGAAUUUUUGCAAAACAUGGUCCUGUCCAAGGACCGCAGCUCCGAUCGGAGCUUGACUUUUCAGAUUCCAAAACUAUAAAUGGGCUAUAUGUAUACUGAUGGCAGCUGUGCGCUAUGGUGGUUUUGUGGGUAAAAAAGCCAGGUAACAGGGUAAGGAUUAUGGAUUGACAAUAUCUGAAAUAGUCCCAAUCCAUCAAGCAAUAAAGAUGCCUCACACUUUUUAUAAUCCUUUUUAAUACAAUAAAAAAUGAAAUUCAGUUGCAUUUACAUCUCCCCAGCUUGGCUAUUUAACUGAAGAUAUGGUUUAAUCUAUUUCAAAGCAAAACCAAACUGCUCCUAGGCAGUACAGCCAGAUAAUGUACAAAAGAAUUUGAUAAAAUGUAAAGAAUGGGGUUUCCUGCUGGGAUACCCCAAUACGUUGUCUCACUAAUUUCAUAAAACAUGAUCUUCCAUCUUGCCUUGCAAGUCAUCUCUUAAGAAAGAUUCAUGUUUAAAGUUUAGUUUUCCUUUGUAGCUGAAUGCACCGUCAUGGGGAUCCCCAGCAUUUCAACCAACCUGUCGGGAUUUGGCUGUUUUAUGGAAGAGCAUAUCGCCGACCCUUCUGCUUACGGUGAGCGGAUGACGUUUGUCCAGUAUGAGGAAUAUUUGUGAAUAUAUGGCAUUGAAAUCUUGGUUAUGGUUAUAUUUUAGCACCAACUGCCUGAUCUUCAAACUUGUUAUAUUCUCUUGAUUUAUCUAUGCUAUUUAUCAAAUAUCUAGUAAGAUGGACAAAAUGACUACAGCUUCUAUAUUUUUUAUUGAUUGUUCGUUCUGGAUAAUGACUGUUUUUGGCUUAGCUGGGUUCAGUUUGCUAUUUGUCUGUAGCAUUUUUUGUUUGUUUAGUUUUUUUUUUUUCUUUCUUUUUUUUUAUCAUAAAGUGAUGAUCUUCAUUUACCCAACAGGUAUUUACAUCCUGGAUCGGCGUUUCCGCUCAGUAGAUGAUUCCUGCACCCAGUUAACAUCCUUCCUGUACAGCUUCUGUCAGCAAACCCGUCGGCAGCGCAUAAUUCAAAGAAACCGCACAGAGCGCCUAUCUGAUCUCCUGGAUUGGAAGUACUUGGGUCGGGUAAGUUCUCCGUGUCUCUCUUUGUCAACUUGGAAAACUGUGAUAUGUUAAAAUGACAGUACCGAGUAUUCCUGCUUCUCCUCCUAUAGGUAGUAUAUUUCAUUUGGCAUUAAAUUUCAUUGUGCUUCUGUCUCUCCUGCUAUCACAGGUAUUUUUCCAUUAAUAUUUAUAUUAUGGUGUCAAGUAAUAUCCAUUUCAGUCAUUCACAGAACAUGAAUCCAACCCUGAACAAUGUUUUUUAAUGACCCAUUAUUAUAACCUAUUAUAAUACAACAAAUAUUGUUGUACUUUUCUUACAGUAUUACAUGUACGCUCGACACAUGUCUCUGGCCAAGGCCUUCCCUGACAACUUUACUUAUGAACCUCAUGAACCAACAACUGUAAGUAUACCGUGUUGUGUUUAUAUCCAUCUCUGUGCUUUUAGAACGCACAGAAUAGGAAUGCUGAUUCUUAACUUAUUGUAAAAUAAACAAUGCAAGUUUAAAAAUGUAUAAAAGGUUAAUGCAGUAAGUGUGUAGUUUGAAUUCACAUUUGGAUUUGUCUUGAAGAUGGUACUUGCACUUUAAACCAUUACUGUGAGCGAAGCAAAAUGCCAGGUCAUGAGAACGCAGUGAUAUCUGUUAAUGCAACCCCACAUCUUGUCUGCUUUGUUAUUUAAGAACUCCAUAAAAUAUCCUUUAUAAUAUAUGUGUGUGAUAUGGUAUGUGCACAUUUAGGAUUCCACAUUAAGGAACACACGUUUGGAAAUAUUCAUGUAUUUUUUUUUUCCUUCAUGUUUUAUUUGUGGGGGUACAUACAUUAUUUUUUAAAUAAAUAAAGCUAAAAUGUUUUUGCAAAAGCUGCACACCUGCAGCGUUUGCAUGCCAUUCUAUUUUUUUCCCUGUCUGUCUUGGGGAAUACAUCAAUCCAAGGCUUCUCGUUGGAAAAGCUCUGUGCUGGAACUGCAAGUGUCCAUUACAAAACAGCUUUACUAAGUUUCUCAAUUAACUGUAGUACAGCUUUUUGAGAAGAGGAUGGCAGGUGCAAGCUAGCCCAGAGCCUGCAGCUUCUGUUAACCCUGAAAGAGGUGCUUCCAAUGAUUAAAGUGCAAUUUCUCUUUAAAUGCAAGAAACACACAUUUUCAUGAGGUUAUAAAAGAGCAGAUGUUGAUAAAAUUUCAGACCUUACAGCACAGUUUGUUUACUUUAGAAGUUUUGUAUCUCCUGUUCUGUUAAGUUCACUUUAAUCACACACGAGGCUACUGCUGACUGUAGCAAACUAGUAACAGAGUAGAACUUAAGAAAUUCUAACUUAAACAAAAUGUGCAAUAGAUAAAGUUUAAACAUGAGUUCUGUCUUCACAUAAAUACUGUUGGGAGACUGUGUAGGUUGCAUGCAGGAGAGGUGUGACUAGGGCUGCAUAAACAAAGUGAUUUAACUCCUAAAUGGCAGCCAAGAAAUUGUUUUUUUUUAAAUUUUGUAUUUUUAUUUUUAUUUUUUAAGGCCCAAGGAUUCCGCUACCCUCGGCCAGCAUCUGUGCCACCAUCUCCAUCUCUGUCCCGUCACUCCAGCCCACAUCACAGCGAGACAGAAGAUGACGAUGAACGAUAUGACGAAGAGGAGGAGGCAGAGAAAGAUCGUCAAAACAUCAAACCUCCAGGAAUGGCAUCAGUGGGUCCAGUGCCUGAGUGGCACAAACGCUCCAAGAAAGGCUCUGUUGAUGCAGGCAACUCAAAUAAUGCUAGCAAUGCCAGCACCCCCACCAAUCCAAGUAGCCCGAGUGACCUCAGUAGUCCUACCAGUUCACUUAUAGAGGAGAGGAACUAAAUGUUUCUAUUGCUUUGUUUACAGCAAGGUUGGAAUUACUGGUGAUACUGUGAAAAAGAGAAUAUGACAUCUGGAACUAUUUGAUGCAUUAAUAGCUCUUGAAUUAGUUCCAUAUACAUAUCCAUUCUUCUUCAGUUCUUAGAAUACCAGACUUUCCCUCCAGGUGUUCACUGACCGCUUGCUUACUGUAAGCAGUGGGAUUACACCUUCUUGAUAUAUUUUUUACCUUAAGCCUUGGAGAUCAAAAAAAAAAUUGGGGCUUAGGUAAAAAUGUUCAUGGUUAUCUUCUUUAUUUGAGUAAUGUCCCCCACCACCCCUAAGCUAUUUUAACUCCUUGAAAUGCCGUAGAUUUAGAGGAAAUGUAAUCCGUUUAAGACACUAAAGAAGUGUAUAGUUAUAGUGAAUUAGAGAAGAAAAUAAAGCUCUAUAAAAGGCACCUGAACAAUUUAAACCAAAUUUGCUGUUUGAAAACAGUUUCCAGUACCAGUCUGCUGACUCCACAGACAAAGUAUGCACUUUCUAAAUAAAAGAAAUACCACCCUCCUAUCUGAUAACAAAAGAAAUCAAGACUAAACACAUAGGUCAGUUUUACUCUACUGAAGAUGCAACAGAUAUCUUAUUUACACCUCCUUCAGCUGCUCAUUUAAUGAAGUCUUCCAAUAACGCAUCCUGUUACAAUUAUUUUUUUAAAUUUAAUCCUUUUGUUUGGAUCUUAAGGGUAUUUAACUCGUUACUGGAGAGUGACAGCUCUAGUACCUCUGUCUGACUCUGUCUAUCCAGAAUUGCAGUCCUCCACCUCAGUUGGGACUAUCUUCAGAUAAUUACCACCUUAAAAGUACUUUUGCCUUCAUCUACGGUUAAUAUCUCCAUCUGCCACAGGAUUGUAGUAUCAAGUUCUUGAGCUUUUUCAAACGUGCAGUGAUAUUUUAUCAACCUGCUGUGGGACUCAUUGAAGAAAAUAUAAAAUGGAGUGUCAUUCUCCAAGAACAGAAGAAUUAAUAUUUAAAAAUAAAAUUUUAAAAUCUAAAAAAACAAACAAAUAAAAACUGGGCCUACUGUGCUUCUUCAUCUGGUUACCCAUUCAUUCUACCAAUGCAUUCUAGUAGUAAAACAACAACUUCCUUCAUGGCGCAAGGAGCAAAAUAUUUUUAAAACUC